UAGUAUAGUACCUGGCAAGCAGCUAUAUAAAUCAGAGACAGAAGAAACUCACAGCAGCAGUUGUCAAGAGCAGACUGUCAAACAUGCCAGCCAAAGCUCCCAUUAAAAAGUCCCCAGCAAAGGUUGCUGCAGCCAAGCCUGAACCUAGCAAGCCAGAACCGGCACCAGUGGUACCCGAACCUGUCCAAGAAGCCCCAGCGCCUGCCCCAGAAGCCCCAGCUCCUGCCCCAGAGGCCCCAGAAGUCCCUGCUGCUGAGGUCCCUGCCCCAGCCCCUGAGACCCCGGCCCCAGCUGCAGAAACUCCUGCCCCAGUGGCAGAAGUAGAGAAGCCUGUGGAAGCAGCACCCGUUGCACCUCCUGAACCAGAAGCCCCAAAAGAAGGUAUUUAUUUUCUUUAUUUUUUUUAUUUCUACAAUAUGGAGAAGCAUAGGUCAUAAUUAUUUAAUGAAAGUUCAAGUGAAAUGGCAAAUCUGGAACAGUCACCGUAGACAUCAAUGGAAUAUUUUUGCUGUUUGGUCUAAAAUCUAAUCAAUAAAAACAUAGAAAAAAGUUACUUACGCACUAUCGCAAAUCCCUUUGCUUAUUUAGUUUUUGUUGGUAUCACUCAAAUGGCCAUUAAAGUGUAAGCUCGCCUGCAGGUGUUUUAUAGUCAUUGCUGCUGCCAAGGAGCAGUGGGAGUUUGAAUGCGGGACUUAAUUUUGUAUGCCAAAAUUUACGUUACAAUUCCUCAUUAUUAGAAGGAAGAAGCGAUAGGACAUAAGUUGUGUUUAAAAAAUCUUUUAAACACAUCUUUUUACAUGAGUAAAUUCAUUUCUCUUGAGCCAAAGGUUUGGAUCUCAUAAUAAUUUUUUUUUUUUUAUAAACAGACUUUUCUGAAAUAUCCAAUCUUGUAUUAAUAUACAGUAUAUUGUUAUUAAAUGUUUGACUAAAGUCCAAUGAAGAACAAUGGUUGGAGAUUGGUGAAAAUUGCACAUUGAAACAUUUAAAGUAGAUAUAUUUUAGGCUAAAAUCAUCUAUAAAAAAACAUAGCUGGCUUGGAGAAUUUUUCCAAUUGAACUAUUUUGGCCUAAGAUGUGGAAAAUUCACUUUGAAUUUAGUUGACACUUUAGUGAUUAACACAGUCGGUUUAUUUACUAAACAGUGAAUUUUAGUACAAUGAAAUAUAAAUAGCAAAAUCUAGGCUCAAACAACUGAUUUGGAAUAAUUUGCAACCCAGCUAUAGUCAUAGCAUGGCUAAUUGAAACUAAAUCUUACUGUUUUCUGUUCACUGCAAUUCACUGUUUAGUAGAUAAACACCACUAACACUUAUAAAGAGUGAAACAUUGGCAAACUUUGCCAAACUAUAAAACGCUAGUAAAAUAAUGUUUGAUUUACUUAUUUAGGAUUGAAUUACAACAGAUAAUAAUUGGACUGUUCUUACAAAUAGCAUAAUUCCUUUUUAUUUCUAAAUUUGAAUUUUGAAGUAUGAUUUUAUUUUGCGACUAUAAAAUGGAAGUGGUAUAGAUAAAAGGCUGAUUGCAGUUUUAAAGGGUACAAAACGGGAUACCACAGUGCAUGUGUUAGGAGGCAGCACCUGGUCCUGCUUCUUAUAUUACAAUUCAGAGAUUUUAUUAGAAUAUCAGCAAGGAUGUAAAGCUUGCUAUAAAUAUAUAUGAAGCCAGACAGUUGUAAUAUAGAUUUUCUUCUGAGCACUUGCUUUAUUAAAAUGACAUAUAUUGCUUCUUAUGGAAACCCUGAAAUAUUUUUUAAUCAAACCUUGCUUUUUUUUGUGGCCAUUUUUGAUUGUGGUAUAAGCAUGGUGACCAGAUCCAGCAUGUUUUCUGGCACACAUAUCAUAUAUACAUAUUGAUGGGCAGCACAUGAAAAGGGUAACCCUGUAAUAUGUAGAAUUCAGAAGGUGGAAUAUAGGAUUAAGCAAUUAGGCAAUGAAGACUCCUACAGAAUAUUAUUAUACAUACUGCAGGGCAACCAUGGUGGAUCUGUUCACCCUGGUUAUAAGGGAGCCCUGACCAUGCAAUGUUUGACAUGACAGCCACGCUGGCUUGACAGGUUUCCCUUGUAAUCCAGCAUUGAAGAAAGCUCACAUCGGAUCAAUGCUGUGCUCCUCAGACAUCAAAGUACAUAGGAACAUUUCAUUGAAUGGCAAUAUUCUUGUAUGUGUCACUGGUUAAAGAACUAAAUUGUUCAUAGUGGUCUACAUAUAUUUAAAUGUGUAAUGUGUUAUGUGUUGUGCUCCUAUAAAGGGGACUGUGUUUGUGUGUCCAAUCAAUUGAGGAAUUACUCUUUGAAUGCUAAGACUGUGAGUGCUGAAAAAUAUAAGGAUUGGGCACCACUUAAUUGCAUUUAUUAUUUUUACAAAACAGUGAUUGGGCGCACCCAAAGGACUACAUUGAUUUUUCACUCCCCACUAUAUGCAAGCACUCUCAACCUAUGAUCCCAUGAUUGAAAUAAUGCCUGCUCAUGCCAUCCAAAUAUUUCUACAGAUGGUAGUAAACAUGAGUAUGUAGAUAUUGUGAUAUUGUGACGGUUAUUUCUAUAAAAGCAUAUUGAAAAUAGAGGAGCAAAGUUCUAACACUGGAAAAUCAAUGAUAGAUAGAAAGAUAGAUAGAUAGAUCACAUGUUACUAUUCACGUUCAACAUAUAUUUUAUUUCAUAAUAUUUUAAAUCCAAAUUAAAUUUUUUUUGCAGAAAUAUACAAUAGCAUCACAGAGGGGAUAUCUGUCUCAUCGUCCACUUGUCAAAUACACUCCCUCUAAAGUUUGUACUCAAGUGGCUUGCCAUAUGUGGCAAUGCCUCUUGCAAUGCUAUUUAUGUAAUUGUUAUAGACUAUUUAUAAUUCUUAGGCAUUAAUGACAGACACUUUAAGUGAGCCUCUAAAGUUGAUGGACAGUUUAUUCCACUUACAUUAGCAAUGAAUGAAAAAGAAACCCAUAAUGGAAAUAAAGUCAAAGUAAAGUAUUCUCGAUGAGAGCAUGUACAAGAGAAUCAAAAUAUAUUUAACAGUGUUUUGAAAUACUCUGUCACAAUAUAUGACUUUCAAUAGAAAACAAGAAGUAUAAUAUGUAUCUAAGCGAGAAUAAAGUGCACAAAAAGUGCUGAAUAAAAAAACGUAUUUAUUAGGAGUUAUGUAAAAUGAGACAAAACAUUACAAAAUAAGGAAAAAACACUAUAAUCACAGUAAAUAAAACAGAAUGUAACUGCUUAUGAUUAACGGAUACAUUUUGUAAAGCCCUUUGAUUAAGAAUGCUAUAUAAGAAGUAUUAAAGGAACACUCCAAGCACCAUAACCACUACAUCAACUUAGCCUGUCUAUGCAGAACACAGAUCAUUGAUUGAGAUCACUCAGCUGAUGCUCUCAGCCAACGAGGUGGACUGAAGUGCAAGGUUUAGCUCACGGGAGCUAAGGAGCUUCCAUCAGAAGAGGAGGAGGUGGCGCAGCAGGCAGGCAGGCCCCAGGUGAGUGGUCAAACUAUUCUCAGAAUGGUUUGAUGUCUUACCCUGGAUAAUGUUAGGGCAUGUCUAGCAGGCUGUAGUGGUUAUGGUGCUUCAAGUGUUCUUUAAGUAAAUUUAAAAAAAACAGUAAACUAGAUCUCACAGGAGACCACCAAAAUAAGGUUUAUUGCAGCUUCUAACAUUUCCUACCUUUAUUGCAUGUUAUUGGCAGUGGUAGCCCAAUAUGACGGCCAGGAACAUGCUUUUCCUGUUGUGAGCUUAUCGCUUUAUGCUGCCUAUUGACUGUAGGUCUUGGCUGUCAAUAGGCAUAACUACUGCCAGUAAUAUGCUUUGGUAAUUGAAAGAUGCUUCAUCUACAUUUUACAUAAAAAAGACAUUUAGAGAAGGUUUCUGUAAAAUCUGUAAAAAUCUAUUAAAUUUGACAGUACUAACUCAUCUAGCGCAGUGAUGACUAACUUUGUCGUCUCUGAUAUUUGGGAACCUCAUUUCCAACUUGAAUAGAAGGCAUCAAGAAUAAAUAUGAUUGGGUUGGGUUGUUUAUGAAUUAACAUUUUCCCCUAUAGACGACUGCCUUUUAUGGACUUUUUAUCGAAGGCUUAUUCACCUAUAUCCCUUUAGACUCUGUUAGCUCAUUUCCGUAAUUUGGAUAUGGUUUUUUUUUUUUGGACAUCAUAGUAAACUUUACACAAAAAGUUGUUUGCAUAUAAGAGCCAAUUUCAGUAUGUGCAAAAUGUGCAUAAAAUAGUGCUAUGUUUUAUAAUACUAUAUAUAUAAUACUAAAUGCAAACUUUACACACAAAAAUGUUGUUUGCAUGUAGGUGCCAAUAUCAAUAUCAAUGUCACCUAUAAAGUGCCAAUGCAAAAAAUAUACAUAAAAUAGGGCUAUAAUAUUUAUAGUAUUAUAUAACAUAGCACAAUGUUAUGUAUAUUUUUAACUUUAAGUGUUAUAUAACAACAUAGCACUAUUUUAUGCAUAUUUUACUGUAUUAUAUAAGAACAUAGCACAAUUUUAUGUAUAUUUUUAACUUUAAGUACUAUAUAACAUAGCACUAUUCUAUGUAUAUUUUUCCAACUGGCACUUUAUAGGUGACAUUAAAACUGAAAUUGGCACUAAUAUGUAAACAACUUUAUCUGUAAAGUUCUGCAUUUAUAGUAUUAUAAAACAUAGCACUAUUUAAUGCACAUUUUUGCAUUGGCACUUUAUAGGUGACAUUGAUACUGAAACUGGCUCUUAUAUGCAAACAACUUGUUGUGUAAAGUUUACUAUGAUGUGCACUUAUUUGUAAACAACUUUUUGUGUAAAGUUUGCCAUGUUCUGCACCUUAUUUACACUGUAUUGUUUGUUUUUAUUUAUAUUUUUUUGCAUUGGCACUUUAUAGGUGACAUUGAUAUUGAAACUUGCUCUUAUAUGCAAACAACUUUUUUUGUUUGUUUAAGGUUCGCCAUGUUGUGAACUGUAUUGUUUAUCUCUUGCACUGUAUAUAUACAGUGUCCUGAUGAAAGCUCCCUAGAGGAGCUGAAACGUCGAUUUAUUCUUCGCAAUAAAUGAAGAUUCAAAUAUAUGGAAAUCCUUGAGUGCCGUUUUUUUCCUUCUCUUAUGGUUCAGCCACCAGAGCACCAGGUAUCUUUUGUUUUGUUAAAGUUGGAGUGCAGGGGUUUUCUAUAUAUAUAUAUAUAUACACAUAUAUAUAUAUAUAUAUAUAUAUAUAUAUAUAUAUAUAUAUAUACACAAGGUGAACAUUUUGUGUUCAUAAUUGUAUUUUUUACAGAUUUUUUUUAUUGAAGCGCUACACUACAUUUUAAAGUUUAUACUUCAUACUUAAAUGUCUUCUUUAUGACAAGUGGAAGUUGUUUUUUUUAACUUUACGCAAUAAAUAUUUGCUAUAUAUAUAUUAAUUAGGCCAUAAUAGACUUUUGAAAGCUUCUCCCAGUCAGUUACAUUUUUCUAUCAGCUCCUUUGGCCUCAGAUUUGAAGUUCACUUUGAAUUGCCUGCAAUGCUACUGUUGCUGGCAAUGCAUAUUUUGCACUUGUUCAUAGGAGCAAUAAAUGUCAUGUUUCAUUUUUGCAGGAGGCCUUGGGAAUUUAAAACAUCUAGCAGCCAAGUGUCCUUCUUAAUCACACCCAUGCUUAUAUGUGAGACAAAAAUACUACAAAGUACUAUGUAGAAACACGAUCCAGAUAAAGUUUAUCUACUUCAGACACAUAUAUUUAACAUUUGAAUUCAAUUUAAAGUUUUCUUUGUAAAUUCAAAAUUGUAUAUUAAAAUAGUCAAACACGUAUGCGUUUAAAUAAAUAUAACUGCUACUCUCCUCUGCUGACUUCAUUGAAUAUUGCUUUACCCGCACUGCAAUUAGGCCCACCAUAAAAUAUUUUGAGCAUCAUACAAUCAGGAAAGUCUUGCAAACUCUUGCACAACCACCAGAGGGCGUUGCUACGGACGGGGCUAACUAACCUGGGCUGAAACCCCAAGUGGAGUCCUCAAAAGUCCUGGUUCAGAUUUUAGCACUUUUUCUUUGUUAACCUCAAAACUCCUGAGAAAUAACACCAAUUGCAGAUCUUCCAACAGUCCAUUCUUCCUCUAGUUAUGGGAUUUCAAAUUAUUUCACUUACUCGAUAAUUUAACAUACAAGAAACAGAGUUUUGAAUAGCGAAAAAAUAUGGGGAGGAAUGGGCGUACAAUUUAUCCCUGGACUAUUUGACAAAGACUUGGCAAUCACUGGUCACUUGAGUGAGUUUUGGAGACCAUCCUGAUUGAUAAUUUAUGUGGUCUAGAAGUAAGGCUAAAGAUUGCUGCUGUUGCCAAGGAACACAAAUCAAUAUUAAGCACCAUAGGAACAGUGUGUACUCUCUAGUGUGGCAACAAAGUAGAUAAUGGGAUUAACAUAAAUGCAGCAUGGGAGAAUUUAUGUCAGUGGGUAAGGAACAGGGCAGUAUAUCAGGAACAGAAUUAUUACAAAGCAGUAAAAAAUGCUAAAUAAUGGAAUCUUAUUUGAUUCAGUCCAAAUUUGUCCAUGUCCUAGCUACAGGUACAACCUGCAACAGGGUACACAAUAAUAAAACAAAUAUAAAAGUAAAGCUUAGAUUAUUUAUUUUUAAAAUUUAAAUUUUCAAAUUAUCAAAAAAAGGCUAUCCAUCAAGAGAUUGCGACGUUUUCCUGUGUUAAUAUAAACAAAAUGCCAAUGUUUGGUAUAUGACUGCAUUUUUGAAACUGGUCUUAAAAGUUUUUCUUAGGAUUGUCAGUUUCAGACAAAAAUUUAAUUUAUUAAAUUAUUAGGGAAUGUUGAAAAAGCCCCUCUCAAUUUAAUAGAGCACAAGCAGGAGUAGAUAGGGAAAUAUUUUUUAUUUAUUUUUAUUUUGAAAAGGGUGGCUGGCAAUUGGUGUGGCUGGUUAACACACCUACCAGCUGCCCCUCUUAAGGAAGCAGAGUUACUAUUUUGGGCCCAGUUCCCUCUGUUCCUCUUUUAUAUACGAAUGUACCCAGGAGCUCCGUAUUGUUGGUGUGUCAGAAUUUUUAGCAAAACUUCACAGCAAUAAUACUUAAAUAAAAUAAAUGUGUUUAGAAUUUAUGUUUCUAUUUAUUUCUGAAAUCUAUAAAUGUAUGAAAUCUGUGUAAAUAUAUUGUUCUUGUUUGUUGUACAUUGUUCUUGUUCUAAGUUAAAUUUUAGUUGCAUAAAUUAUUCUUAGUAAGUCACCUAAAAAUUCUCAGAGCAGCCCUGGCUACACCCACACUCACACCCCUAAAAUUAGGUGUCUUUCUUUGUAAGUUAAAAUGUUAAAAGGUUUGGGUCAUUUUUUGUAUUUUAGACUAUAUGUAUCAAUUCUUAAAGACAACCUAUAUGUGUUGGGUACUACUGGACACUACUACUGGGUACUACUGGACCCGGGACACGCUUUGCAUUUGUUUCAUCAUAUGAAGAAGACAUACUGUUCUGUCAAUCAAAUUCUCCUGUUCUCUGAAUCAAGCGCAUGUGUUUUGAUACUGAGUACUUAGGGGGCACUUUUAUAUUUACUUUCAUUUGUGUAUACAGUAUACUUAGGAUCCACAUGUCACACAGUUUUCUCAUGUUCUCAACCACCAGACUAUGGAAGAAAGUGUAGGACGUGGGUCUUACCAGCAGUUGAAUGCAUGAGAAUGUCAUAAGCUGCAUGUCUAAUUCCUUGCCUUCGCUGCAUUACUGCCAUACAAAUCCAAUGUGUACAGAAGUAGUAGUUUUAAAAGGACACUCUAAGUAUCAAAAUAACUUUUGUGUAAUUACGUAGUUUUGCAUUCUCUAAAACUGGAAAUCUGCAGAGUGUGGAAGGCAAGAUGGAUUCCCUGAAGUAUCAAGAAAUCCUAGGAGAAAACAGUGUACCAUUUGUGAGGAAGCUGAAGCUUGGGCGUCAUUGGAUCUUCUAAUAAGACAAUGAUCCCAAGCAUACCUCAAAUUCCACUAAGGCUUGGUUGCAGAAGAAGUCCUGGAAAAUUUUACAGUGGCCAUCACAGUCACCUGACUUAAACCCCAUAGUGGAAUUUGAAGAAGGCAGUUGCAGAAUGCAAACCUUACUGAACUGGAGGCCAUUGCUCAUGAGGAAUGGGCUAUGGUUCCUAAGGAAUGCUGCUAGAAGCGGGUGUCUGACUAUGCAUCUUGUUUGCAGCAGGUCAUAACAGCAAAAGGAUGCUCUACUAAGUACUAAAGAUGCUUCCAUGAAGGGGUUGAAUACUUUUGAGACUGGAGAAGUCAUUAUAAGUUGAAUUUGGAGAAUCCACUUGAAACAUUCAUUGUGUUGAGCUAUUUCAAUUGCUUUUGUUUGAUUAGUUCACUGCAAACAGCUGAAACUCUGUAAAUCUGGACAAUAAACCUGAUUUUCAAUGGUGGUUGAAUAAUUGCAAUAAUAAGGACUAACUGCGAAUUCCAUAACAAAAUCUUUUUAUUUGGCUAGAAAAGUCUUAAACAGUCAACGGUUUAUAGGUACUACAAAACUAACACUGUGUGAGGUUUGAUCCAUUUUUAUUUGUAUUCAUAUAUCUGCUAACUCCUCACACACACGGAUUCCUGCAUGUCAACAGGGAUUAGAUCAUGAAAUGUGUUUAAUAAAACUCAUCUGUGACAUAUCUGUUGCUUGCUACUACCUCCAGCCUAAUGAUGGCCUCUGAUCCCAUGAUAUUUGAAUGCAGUAACCCACUAGUGCUCACUCCUUAAAGGGAGGUGGAUCAGCUGUUCAAUCAAGACAUGUCAGGCCGUGUGCUUCUGAUGUCCCCACAACCAUAAAAUAGGUAUUAUGCUGGCAGCAUUAAUUUUUCAUGCACGCAAAGAGUUCCAAAAAGUAAAAAUAAACAAACAAACAAAUGAGUGAGCUACUUUUUAAAUUAAACAUUCAGGCAGCCACAUGACUUUAUUUCCAGUAACCUCCACUGAAUGGAAAAGCAGGGGGAAAUAUAAGCUAGACCAAAAAAAAGACCCCUACUAACCAGGGGUGAUUUUGGCAGUACAUGGUUUCAGUUCCACACCCUUGAGGGGCCAUAUGAGUGUAUCUUUCCAUCUUACAUUCCAUGAAAUGUGGAAUGUUGGGAAGUAUAAUUUAUAGGGGUCUUUGACAUGCCAUUAAACAGGAAGCACAAAUGGGCCCCUCCAAUCCUUUUAACCUAUAAACUGUAGGGUAAAAUGAAAUACAUAAACUUUCAGCAUUGUCUUCCCUGUUCCCCAGCACUAAAGGUCCUGUCACUCCACAUGGUAAAAAUAAAAAGCAUGCCCUGUCUCCCUGAAACUAAAUAAUGCUUCCUUGGAAUAAAUGCCCAGCCCCAAUAAAUGUAUUUCUAUCCAUGGCAUUACAUACUUGGAUACUUGGACACUUGGACAUGGAGUGGUGUCAUCGGUUUUAACAUGUGUACUGCAAAAUAUUGUAACCUUUCUAACAUUCCAGUGACCAUGUUAUCCUCAUCACCUGCCCUUUGAUAGAGACAUUUUUAAAACAACAUUAAUAAAGACAUAAAAAAAAAAAUGCAAAAAAAAAAAAGAACACAAAAGGGGAAAACACUAAUAACCAAGAAUCAGGUUAUGAAGCAAAAAGGGAGUAAUCAAACUCUGAAAACUCUGUAUGGUGGGAUGAAAGUUAAUGAUAAGAGCUUUACAGGCGAUGAGGCAUUAUGGCUAAUAAAAUAGAUAUAUCCAGGCAAUGUGAGCUCCUGGUGGGUCUGUUGGAACAAGGCAGAGUAUUGAGGGGAAUGGUAUUUUGCCACCACGUGCCAAUGAUUAUUACACUUUUUUUACUUCAGACAUGUGUGUCCUGUAAAUAUUGUCUCCUUGUUCAGUUCUUUCCCAAGCUGGUCCAAUUGAUGUAUGUUAGUGUGUUUCUGUUUGUGUCUUUGCAUAUACAUGUGUACACAAACAUUUGUUUGUGUGCAAGUAUGUAUUCAUGUAUGCUUGCUAGUGUGUGUCUAUAGAUGUCUGCUAGUAUGUACCAGUUUGUAUGCUAGUGUCCGUCAAUGUGUGCAAUGUAUGCAUGAUUAGGUGUGUUCAUAUAUACACUGAACAAAAUUAAAAACGCAGCACUUUUUGUUUUUCCCCCAUUUUUAAUUAGCUGAACUCAAAGAUCUAAGACUUUUUCUAUGUGCACAAAAGACAUAUUUCUCUCAAAUAUUGUUCACAAACCUGUUUAAAUCUGUGUUAGUGAGCACUUCUCCUUUGCCGCAAUAAUCCAUCCAUCUCACAGGUGUGGCAUAUCAAGAUGAUGAUAAGACAGCAUGAUUAUUGCACAGGUGUGCCUUAGACUGGCCACAAUAAAAGGCCACUCUAAAAUGUGCAGUUUUAUUACACAGCACAAUGCCACAGAUGUCACAAGUUUUGAGGGAGUGUGCAAUUGGCAUGCUGACUGCAGGAAUGUCCACCAGAGCUGUUGCCUGUGAAUUGAAUGUUAAUUUCUCUACCAUCUUCAAAGGCAUUUCAGAGAAUUUGGCAGUACUUCCAUUCGGCCUCACAACCGCAGACCACAUGUAACCACACCAGCACUGGACCUCCACAUCCAGCAUCUUCACCUCCAAGAUCGUCUGAGAACAGCCACCCAGACAGUUGUUGCAACAAUCUGUUUGCAUAUCCAAAUAAUUUCUGCACAAACUGUCAGAAACCGUCUCAGGGAAGCUUAUCGUCCUCAUCGGGAUUGCGACCUGACUGCAGUUUGUCAUCGUAACCGACUUGAGUGGGCAAAUGCUCACAUUCAAUGUCAUUUGGCACUUUGGAGAGGUGUUCUCUUCACGGAUGAAUCCCGGUUUUCACUGUACGGGGCAGAUGCCAGACAGUGUGUAUGGCGUCGUGUGGGUGAGCAGUUUGCUGAUGUCAAAGUUGUGGAUUGAGGGGCCCAUGGUGGUGUUGGGGUUAUGGUAUGGGCAGGCAUAUGUUGUGGACAAUGAACGCAGGUCCAUUUUAUUGAUGGCAUUUUGAAUGCACAGAGAUACUGUAACGAGAUCCUGAGGCCCAUUGUUGUGCCAUUCAUGAUAAUGCACGGCCUCAUGUUGUAAGGAUCUGUACACAAUUCCUGGAAGCUGAAAACAUCCCACUUCUUGCAUGGCCAGCAUACUCACCGGACAUGUCACCCAUUGAGCAUGUUUGGGAUGCUCUAGAUCCGCGUAAACGACAGCGUGUUCCAGAUCCUGCCAAUAUCCAGCAACUUCGCACAGCCAUUGAGGAGGAGUGGACCAACAUUCCACAGGCCACAAUCAACAACCUGAUCAACUCUAUGCGAAUGAGAUGUGUUGCACUGCGUGAGGCAAAUGGUAGUCACACCAGAUACUGACUCGUUUCGGAUCCCCCCGGACCCCUCUAAUACAGUUAAACUGCACAUUUUAGAGUGGUCUUUUAUUGUGGCCAGCCUAAGGCCCACCUGUGGAACAAUCAUGCUGUCUAAUCAGCAUCUUCAUAUGCCACACCUGUGAGGUGGAUGGGCUAUCUCGGCAAAGGAGAAGUGCUCACUAACACAGAUUUAGACAGAUUUCUGAACAAUAUUUGAGAGAAAUAGGCCUUUUGCUCAUGAAAAAUGGGGGCAAAAACAAAAGUGUUGCGUUUAUAAUUUUAUUCAGUAUAUGUAGUAGUAUGUCUAUGUAUAUAUUUAUGUAUGCAUUUGUGUAUAUAUAUUGUUACUAUAGUAUAUCUAUGUAUGUGUUAUAGAAUGUGUCUGUUUGCUGUGCCUGUCUAUGUUUUCUAGUAUGUCUGUAUGUUGGUGGAUAUACAUGCAUACUAGUUUUUGUCAUUGUAUUAGAUUGGUCUCUGCAUACGUGUUCCUCUGCAUUUGUAUCUUUCUAUGUUUGCAAUUGUGCAUCUGUGUGCUAGUGUGGUUUUAGGCAUGUGUGCUUGUAUAUGUAAGUCUUUGUGUGUGUAUGUGCAGCCCUUGUUGGCUGCUCUGUGAAGCAACAUGUCACCCUGGAGCAUAUGCCCACUGGGAUGACACAGCAAUUUUACAGGCAGGUUGUCUGUGACGCUAAAUACAACACACCCAUCUGUGGCCUUGCCACAACCCAUCUCUAUCUCAAUAUAAGACCUGCCAAAUUUAGCAUGUUUUUUUUAAAAUGGAAAGUACUGUAUGUACACAUUGUGACUGCAGCUAGUACAUUGUGGCCAGCUCAUGGACCCCCCUCUCCCUCCGACAGGCAGAACACAGAGGACCUGGUCCUCAGUGACUCCUGUAGUUCUGCUUCAGCAAAUUAGCUUGUUUGAUCUUUAAUAUUCAUAUCUGCAUUUGCCCUAAUUAAAUUUUGUGAAUACCCUGUGACAAGUGUGUAGCAAUUGUUGAUAAUUUUAUUCAUGUAUAUGAAUUUUGACCAUAUUUUUAAAGCGUUUUAAAUUAAAAUCUAUACAUUUCCUAGAAUUUCCAUUACAGGUGGAAUUGAAUGCUCUUAUUUUUUUCAUUUAAUUGUUUUAAACACACACUCCCACUGAGCCAUUCACACACUCAUUGGCACACCCACUGUCUAACCAACACACACUUUCACUGACAGACUUACUUCACUCUCAUUGUCACACACAUAAUAUUUAACCAACACACUAUCAAUAAGAAACACACACAUUCUCACUGAUAAACACACUGACAUACACUCACUAUCACACACACUCAUUGAUACACACACAAACACUCACUGACAGACACACACGCACACACACACACUUACUGACAAACACUCAGUGACACACUGACACACACUAACUGUCACAAACACUCACUGACAGACACACACACUUACUGACAGGAACACAGUCUCACUGAUCCUGACAUUACCUCUUACACACACAUUCAUUUAAUUCAUAGUUUUUCUACCUUUGGGAGAGCAGGUGUGGAUCCUCGCCAAGGGGUCUAGUAUGGACUGCUGUAAUCUUUGUGCUCUGGGUGGCAAGGGAGCUGUGGCGAUCAGAGCACGGUCUUCCUGCACUGUAAAUUAGCUAGUUUGACUUGAAAUAUUUUCUCUAAUUUAGUUUAGUGAAUGCCAUGUGACAAGUGUGAAGCCCAUGUUGUUAAUUUUAUUCCUGUAUAUGAAUUCUGACUGUGCAUUUAGCAUAUAUACAAGUGUAAUAACCUUUGUUUUUUUAGUAAGGGAAACUGUUGCUUCCCAGUAUUCUUAAUAUGUUUAAAUAUCCCUGCACUCUUCCUGGUAGUGGCUGCUCUUUAAACACUUCUCUCAAUAAACUGUAAUACAGCUCAUUGAGAAUUCUAUGUGUGCACAGAUGGUCCACAUGCACUUGAUCGGGUAGAGAAAAGACUCAUUAUGAAUAAAUUAGUAGGAGCCAAAAAUAAUCUGGCAAUAUACUGGAUAUACCGGAUAUCUCAACUUCACCCAUCACUAACCUGAUAGACUCAUUUUACUCCAUCGUUGAAGAGAUGUUGCAUAGACUUAAAGGUAUACUAUAGUGCCAGGAAUACAAAGCGGUAUUCCUGGCACUAUAGCUCCCUCUGCCAUCCCCUCUCUCGUCUAUCCCCCCCAUGGCGAAUAAAGGGUUCAAAACCCUUUCUUUAUUUACCUGAUCACAGCAUCAAUGUACCUUGGCACUGGGUUGUGGCCAGGGCCGGUGCUACCUGUUAGGCGGACUAGGCAGCCGCCUAGGGCGCCCCUUGGGAAGGGGUGCCGCCAGUAGCGCCGGCCCCCCUCAUGCUGCAGCCGCCCGAGCGCUCUGUAGAGAGCCUCAGGUGGCUGCAGCUUUGCCCGGGCGGUGCGUCCAUGAGGGCGGACCGCACCGCCCGGGUGCAGCCUGAGGCGAGGGGCUGACAGGAGGGAAGCGCUCAGCGCUCCCUCCUGUCACUCCCUCCCUGUAGCGUGGCCGAGCGGGGCAUCAUGAUGGUCCGCAGGUACAGGGAGCAUCUGUCUCCUCCACCCGGCCGGACUAACAGGAAGUGCACACAUUGGUAGGGGAGGGGAAGAAGAAAUGGGGAGGGGGAGAAGAAGAAAUUGGUAGGGGAGGGGGGAGAAGAAGAAAUUGGUAGGGGAGGGGGGAGAAGAAAUGGGGAGGGUGGAGAAGAAGAAAUUGGUAGGGGAGGGGGAGAAGAAGAAAUUGGUAGGGGAGGAGGGAGAAGAAGAAACGGGAGGGUGGGAGAAAAAGAGGUAGGGGAGGGGGAGAAGAAAUGGGAGGUGGGAGAGAAAUUGGGGAGGUGGGAGAAUUGGUAGGAGGGGGGGAGAAGAAGAAAUUGGUAGGGGAGAAGAAAUGGGGGGGGGAGAAGAAAUUGACGGGGGUGAGAGUGACAGGGGAGGGAGGGGCAAUGAGAGUGGGAAGGGGGAGGGGAGAAGAGAGUGACAAGGCAGAGGGGGGAGAAGGGAGUGACAAGGGAGGGAGAGGGGGAAGAAGAGAGUGACAAGGGAGGGGGGAGAGAUUGACAUCCAUCACACACACAUGCAAUGCACCCCUUGCACACAGAAAAACACACAAUGCAUUACACACACAGACACAGGCACACACACACACACACACACACACAAACAAUGCAACCCUUACACACAAUGAUUCCCUUACACACACAGAAACACACAAUGCAUUCCUUACACAAACUCAAUGCACCCCUUACACACACUCAAUGCACCCCUUACACACGCACACACUGCAUCCUGUACAUACACAGAAACACACCUUGCAGCCCUUACACAUACAAACACAGAUUCACACAAUGCAUUCCUUACACAUAUAUCAGGACAUCCCCUACACACUCCACCCCCUGUGAACAAACUCAUUGGUGGAACAAGAAGGUGGACCCUGGGACCCAGACCUUGAGCUGUGUAAAGGGCCCCCCAAAAAUGGAGCUGCUUCCUGUUCACCCAGAACAUUGAUUUUUGUGACCACAGUUACAAACAGCCUCCAGAGGGCCUGUUCUACACCAGACCAGUGGAGCCAGACUGCAGUUAGAGCCCAUCAUCAUCUUCAUCUCGUUGUAAGUGGGCAAUCUAGUAUAUUAUUCGUGGCACUAAUCUCUAAUUUACCUCACAUUAAAGAAACACUAUAGUCCCCAGAACCACUGCAGCUUAAUGUAGUUGUGCUGGUGUCUAUAGCCUGUCCCUGCAUGACUUAUAAUGUAAACACGGCGGCACUGCAGCACUGACGUUAGUUAACAUGGCAGAUAAUAUGGGUGGAGCAUUGUGAUGUGACAUGGGGGGGGCGGCAAACUUUACUUUUGCCUAGGGCGGCAAAAAUCCUUGCACCGGCCCUGGUUGUGGCUCCUCCAGCAACAUCCCUUGAUGAGCGGACUAAAAAUUGAAAUGUAAUAAUUUGAAAACCAAAUUGCAAAUUAAGUAUAUAUACAAAACAUGAUGAAACACACACACACAAACACACUGCAAAACAUACAAAUACACAUUGACACACACACACAAAUGCAUGCUACCAGACCCACAGACACUACCAGACAUACUCACACACAAAUACUCACUAGACACAGAGACACACACAACUACACAUUACAAGGCACAUGCUUAAUAACAGACUUAACAGAUACUCACAAAAACACACACUCUUAGGUACACUGCCAUAUACAAAAACACAUUCACACAGAUAUGCAGACAUACUGAUAAACAUGCACAGAAAUAUUUAAGUAAAUGUAUUUUUAGCCACUCUAUUCUCUCUGCUUAUGGUGGUUUUUACUUGGGGUCCAGUAACAAGUUUGCUGCAAGCAUUGUUGUGCUUUCUCUUCCCUCCCAAAUAGCUUCCUUAGAUUGCUGGGAGGAAGUAAUAUGAUAUCACUUCCUCCCAGAGCUGCCACUUAUGCCACACAUACCCCCAGGUCAAUCAACCCAGUCUGUCUGACCAUCGUACAGGACCUACAGCUCUCAUCCCUUCUCAGUAAUCACAAUCUGCAUUCUCUCUGUUCAGGGCUCACUUGUCCAUACCUCUCCUCUCUUCUUACGAGCAUACACAACUUGUGUCCUGCCCUGGUAUUCAGCCUGGGACAGAGAAGGGGAUAUGCCACACUGCAACAUGAUGACAGGAUGAUGCUAAGCUGUUAUAGAGCUUGGAGCAGCAAAACCAAUCACUCAGUGCUUUAUUAUUUUGUAGCUAGCCAGAAUACACAACUCUAUAAAUUCUCAUAUUCAGUUUAAUCUGCACAACAUCAUCGAACGAAAGCAUAGAAUGAACCCCCCCCCCCAAAGAAAACGUGUAGUCCUUUGCUAUUAGCCAGACCAAUGGCUAGUUGCAAGUAGAAAUGUUGAGCCCUGAUAUAUACUUCGACCUGAGGAAGAGAGGAAACUCUAGAAAGCUUGUAUUGUGUUAAUCCAAUAAAAAAAGAUAUCAUUACAUACUGCAAUGAUAUUUUGUCAUCUUGCCUACUGGACUAAUACGGCUAACCCAGUCUACAAAUAUCAAUAUAUAUAUUACAAUAAUAAUAUGUGUGUGUGUGUAUAUAUAUCUAUUUAUAUAUAUUAUUAUAUUUUUUUUAAUAAAAAAAAAAAACAUUAUGGGCCUAUUCUUUUCCAUAGUUAUGAGCUCAAUUAGCCCCUAUGUCAAUCCAGCCUGCAGGUCCUUGUGAUGAACUGAGUGCUAAGAACAGACCCUCUCACCCUAGCUCACACCUUUUCCUUCUUUAUUUUCCAUUGAAAGCAUGUAAAUUGAAAUCUUCAAAUUGCUUAAGAAUGUGCAGAUUUGGGUUGCAAUCCAGAGGUAAUUAUGAUCUUAUUGGGUUAUUCCCUUAGUGUUACCGAAAGUGAUUGCAAAUGCUUACAGGGUUGUUUACUAUUAUAAAACUUCAGUGACUUUAAAGUAAAUUUCAAAUUUAAGGCCUUAGUAGCCGAACUGAAAGCAUUUUUUUAAAACCAAUUUGGCUAUUUUGACCUUAAAUCCAAAAUGAUUUCUCACUUUAGUGAAUAACCCUGUGUAGUAUUAGGGCUAAAAAGAACCGUGGUAAUAAUUUUUUGCUUGUUUUCUUUCAAUCAUUGGGAUAUUUUAUCACCAUCUAAGUACAGGUGCUUAAAAGGGAAAUUUUUACUUGUCUGGAAAGCACUCCAUUUGAUAAAACAUUGAAAAUCACUAAUAACUCGUUCCCUAUCCAGUUCAGCCAAGGCACAGCCAAGGCAUGUUUUGCAAAUGAGGAGAAAAAAAAAAGGUUAAUUUCUAAUAUUUUCUGUGUGCUCUCUCUAUGCUGACUGCCAGGAGCAAUGGACAGAUCUAAUACCAGUAAUUGACAUCAAAAUGGAGGUGUCCAGUUCCAGUUUUAGGAUAAAGGGACAUUGAUUUCUACAUUUCAGUUUACUUUUCACCCCUCAUAAAUACAUUAUUUUUCUAAAUACAAGGGGAGUAGUCAUGUUAAGAAUCUUGGAAGCAAACGAGGAUUGCAACGUUUUUUUAUUUCAUUUUUAUAAAGUGUCAAAUGAAGUUGGUUGUAGAAUGUAUGACGUACCAUAGCUGUUAAUGUGUGGAAUAAAUAUUACUUUUACAAUAUUUUAAUUGAUAAUAAUGUUUGUUAAUAUAGUACUACUUAAAAAAAAUAAAAAAUCUUAAAGUUGAAAUGUCACUUCCCAGGAUUUUUAAUAUUAUGUUUACCUAUCCCUAUAUUUAACAGAUGUUUAUUUGUGAGGUGCAAAAAAAUGUAUCUAAAUGUAGAAAUCCACCCUCAUCUCAAUAAAAAAGGUCUACACAGCCGAUUUUCAGUGUUUUAUUCAACUGUGUAAAAUCUAGAGAAGUUUCAGUUCCAUUUUAAUAUCAUGUUUGAUAAGUACUUUUGGAACACAGUGAUAUACUGUGUGCAUCUUGUAUUUUUGUAAUCGUGCAAACACAAUGGAAGUUUUAUAAUUUGAAAAAACAUUCUUAGUUUAUUAUAUACUGAAAUGCACGAGGGCCUUUACUGGCAUUAUUUGGAUUUAGUCAGUCUAUCUCUUAACUUGUUGCUUGUGGCAUUAGAUUAGAGCUGUGUCUAUUCCCCAUUCCAUGCCUCUCAGAGGAAUGUCAAUUGCUUACUAUUACAAAACCCUACUCAUCUAUUUUAGCAUGUGAAGAUGAGUCUAAUGUCAUGUCUUAGCAAACCCAACCCUUUUGUCCAUAGCAUAUGGGCAUGGCUUGUACAAGUUUAAAUAUAGCAAGGAGAGUCUUGACAGUUUUCCAGAACAUUAGAAGUGUGUGCAGUCAGCAGGUGUCAAAUGUGACAAAUAGUGGUAGGAUUUUUAGAAAGAAAAAAUAUGUGUGCAAUGCGAAACCUGUCAAGGGCGACCAACAGGAGGGAUUUUCAAGUUAACACGUACCUUCAAACUAUUUAACUGUUGUAAUGUUAGCUAAUUCUUUUAAUUUACAAGGAAAGUGACACUAUAAAAAUAUGUGCUUUACCAUUUUUCCUCUUGCCACACAGUAUUAUAAAAAUGUUUAAUAGUCUUUCAUGUCAUUCAAAUGUUAAUUAAAUCUUUUAAGUCAAUUAAAAUCCUAUACAAAUUGAGUGACAUAUGAACGUGGUAGCUAAUUGUAAAGAAUAUUAUAGCGUUGAAAGGGGGGGUUAUGUGAAAAUUGCAGUAGAAAAUUAUUUCUAAAACAUUUAAAAUGAUUUGGCUAACUGGCCAACAUUUUAUACUAUUGUCAAUAGCAUGCUACAGCUGCUUAAUACUUAGAUUUAGUGAAGGCAUUUGAACAGUUCAAUAACUUCCUGCACCACAGAGGCACAGCUGACAAUUCAGUAAUAAAGAUCAGUGAUUUAUUUUUUUAACAUGUUCCUAAACUUGCUCUGGUGGUGUCAGGAUUUCAAAUCCCCAUACGAACGCACAUUUUCUCACGUUCCUUUUCAAUUUAUUUUUUUCUCAUGGCUAAGACGUAUUAUGUGUAAUUAGUGUAUAAUCUUUAAUGAUCUGAUAAUGACAGAUCAUAGAAAUUGUUUAUAAAAUAUUUGUUUUAUCGAAAAACAUAAAAAGAAAAAAAUUCUGCUAGAGUUAAUUAUGGCCGUAGGAUAACCUGUUUGCCCUAUCCAGAACCAACUGAUAAGGAUAAUGGGAUGUUUAAUGAGUAAUAGCGUGUAUUGCUCAAGUUUUUUAAGGCACAGCUGGCCCAAGAUAAGGUGAAGCAACAGUUCAAGGACACUAUACUGCCCCCACUAUAUCCACUAAUGCCCCACCUCCUGAAUCCACAGCCACACAAAGUAUCUCUCUUGCAAUUUGCCUAUCAUAUUUCACUUCCUCUACUUCCACUGACAUUCCUUGUCCUUAGUAUUCUCUAACUGACAUGUUCUGUCCUACAAUUGAAUGCAGAAUAUAGUUCAAUUUAAUCUCCCCUAUUUUUCUCAUAUUUUCCAAUAUAGAUGCCCCAAAUCAUAUCCUAAUGCAUAUUCUAAUCUAUAGAAAACCGUAAUAUGCAGGCUCGUCAUUUAGAGCAUCCAGGAUCUGAUGGCCCAAUGCAAAGCUUAUGAGUGGUGGCAUACAUCCUGUUAGAAAAGACUAAGCAGGCCACCUCUUGUUUGCCUAGGUACUGGAAAUCUAAAGAUAUGCCAUCACUUAGAGAAGUACUGAACCUACUCCUAGAAAAUAAAGUGCACAAACUAUCACAUAGAAGUAACUCGUACCUCUUUGCACAAUUGAAGUAUGAUUGGGAUAUGUGGGAAGACAAAAUUAAAAAAAGCCUGUAAUUUGUAACAAUUUGUCCUAUUGUUGCAAUGUAUCACUCAAAUUGUAUGCCUUAUAUAUUACUAUAUUAAUCAUCACAUUAGAUGGAUCUCCCCUUCCCUCUUCCAAGUUUCCCUCCCCUUCCCAACCCUUAUUACAAUGUUUUUAUAAUUUGUUGUAAUCUUACAAAAUAAUAAUAAUAAUAAUAAUAAUUUUUUCAAUAAAAACUAUUUGAAAAGAAAAGACUAAGCAUGGUCGGGGGGAAGUCUAUAAGCCGAGAACGAGGCAUUUUGCCAAAAACGCCAUCUCAGAAUGAUAGUUUGAUCAGCCUCUCAGCAGCAUCCUCUGCCCUUAGUAAUGGGGUGGAGGAAACUACAGAAUUAAUCAUGACAGCCAUAACAUGGUUUUCUUUAAAGGGACACUAUAAAAAUACAAUACAUUGUAUUUGUUCUGAUGAGUAUAAUCAUUCCCUUCAGAAAAAAGGCAGUGUUUACUUUACAGCCUAGGCAUACCUCCACUGGCCUCUCCUCAGAUGGUUACUUGAUGUGCUUCCUAGGUGUAGCACUGCCAUUCAGUGUCUCCACCCUCUGCAUGGAGACACUGAACAUUCCUGAUAGUACUCAGUAGCUCUCUUGACUUUGUAGGAAAGUGUAUAAAAUAUAAUUUUUUCUUUCAGUGGGGGAGGGAUGGGAGUAGGACAGUGCCGGUUUUAAAAGACAUUUUAAAAUACUUUGGGUGUAUUUAUAUAAAACUUAACACUAAAAUAAGCCUAGGCAAUUUCAGGAUUGAAGGGAAGACAGGCUAAUAGAAGAUAGAGGUUAAAAAUGCACAGUCCAUUUAUAUCAUUUGUAUAUGUUUUGUGUCCAUGCACACCAAACAAUUGAAGAAUAAAAUUAAGUUAGGACACAGAAAGACAACUUAGAUAGGAGGGAAUUUGUCGGUUCAUUUGCCUUAUCACAGUCAGGGUUAUUCACUAACAUGAGAAGUGUUGGAAAUCCUAAGUGAAUUCUAAAUCUAUGGCCAAAAUAGCUGUCAGGUAUUCUCCAAGACAGCAAAGUUCCAUGUUCAGCUACUUUGGCCUUUAAAUUUGAAAUUCACUUUGAAUACACUUGGAAUUCCUGACUAUUCUCACUUUAGUAAAUAACCCUCAAAGGGUAUAUGAGGUUUCCUUGAAAAUUGAAGGAAAGUCUGAUUCCGAUGGCAAUGCUUGCUGUGCCAAAAUAUGGAAUUAGCCCUUGAGAAAUUGUGCGACAUUGCUUGCUUACAGCUAGGUCACAAACUAAACUUUGUUAUUGAAAAUGCAGUUUGUCAGAUCUACUUUAAAUCUUUUUCAUAGAUUUUUUCUUUUUAAAAUUUUCUAGAACCACCAAGCGCUCCUAGAGAUUUGAUAGUGGAUGAUGUUAACGACACCACCCUAGCACUAAAAUGGAAGGUUCCAGAAAAAGAAGGAACCUUUGCUGUAGAUGGAUACCUGUUGGAAUACAAAAAGGAAGGCAGUAAGUACUUUGAAAUUUUUUAUAAAAAUUUGAUAAAAUGGUGACUUUUAUGUCUGCCUUUGUUGAAUUUAUUUAUAUUUGAUGGGAAGCUUGUCAUCAGCUCUGUGCAUGAGUACUCUGCAAUAUUGUCAUACAAAUCUAUGUUUCAUUAAGCCAAUAUAUUUCACAGCUGAGGUGACAUUUUCAUCCAGUUCCUCAGAAUGAAUGUGACACCAGGGAGUCAGUCUGGGAUGGCAGACCUCCAAACCUUCUCUCUCCAAAUAUAACCCUGUUUCUCUUACCUUCACUUCCAACUUCUGCAUCUUGCUUAACUCCAAUUUCUCAAGUUGCAAGCCCUGACUCCUGUAUUUAUUUUUUGGACUAUUGAAAAAUAAUCUUCAGCGUGUAACUUACAUUAUAUCACUAUGCAUGUGCAAACAAUCUACCUUGUGCAUACAAAUUAUGUCAUUUCAUCAAGCAUGUGCAGAUGCCAAACAGGGCCGGACUGGGAAUUAAAAGCAGCCCUGAAAAAAAAAUAUUUACCAGCCCCAUAAUGCGUUGCGCCAGCAUAGUGUGCAGAUACAGAGUUAGAACAGAUAACUUAAAAUUAAAAAUUUAUUACUCCAACGUAAAAAGGGCACUCAUAAGCUUCAAAAUAAACAAAAGUGCAGAUUUAUUUUAAUCAGAUGUGCCUUUGCAUGUAAUCAAUAUUUCAGUCCAACUACCUUGACAUAUGAAGGAAAGCUUGGUAAUGGGACUGAAAUGGUGAAUGUAUGUAGGGCACAACUGUAAAAAAUGACGUUAUCUUGUUUAUUUUGAAGUCCUGUGGGUGUGCUCUUCACUUUAUAUAUGUUAUUGCGCUGGAGUAUCCACCUAGCAACAAGACUGGGCCAAUAUCUGCUCAUUACAUAUGGUACAUAUUAAUGACAUUUCUCUGUGUAUUAUGCAUAUAUAAAUGUACAUUAAUAUAUGUGUAAAUAUAAUAGGCAUAAUUAUAUACAUAAAACUAAUACACACAUUAAUAUACAUGUCAUAUACCAGUGGUGGAUCCAGAGCCUGAUCCCGGGAGGGGCACUUGUAGAUUAUUUAAAGAAAUAUUCCAUGCACAAUAACCACUACUCCUCUGUGUAGUGGUUAUGGUGCGAGGAGUGUCGGGACCCUCUCUCAGAGUAAGUAGUCGAACCGUUUAAGAACAGUUUGACAACUUACCUGGGGUCUGCUGGGAUAUGGGCCUGGAGUAGGGUAUAGGAGCAGUGGUGCAAUGUGUGAGGGGUGCAGUGUGUGUGAAAGGUUCAGUGUGUGUGUGGGGGGGGUGUAGUGUGUGAGUGUGUAGCAUGUGUGGGGCAAUGUGUGUAUGGGGGCAGUGUGUGAAUGUGUAUGGUGUGUGUUUGUGGGAGAGGUGUGUCUGGGGCUAGAGUUCACUCUCACUACUGCGACCACCAGGAAUCCCUGGUGGUCGCAGUGGUGAGAGUGAACUCUAGCCCGUAGCUCCAGGGCUAGAGUUCACCCUCAUGACAGCCGGAGCAUUGCUGUGGUAACCAGAGGAGCUCCCGGGUCCUCUCUUCCUCCCUCCCCUUCCAGCUGCCUGCACGGUGUGUGGAACGGGGAGGGAGAUCGGCUGGCAGGGGAGACCCUCAUGGGGGGGGAUUUGCCCCGUUGCCCCCCCUUCCACCAGUGAUAUAUACAGCUCCUAUGUGUGUCUGUUUUUAUCUACAGCCCCUAUGUGUGCCUCUUUGUCUCCCCCCCAGUCCCUCUGUAUGUUUUUUCCCCCCUCACUGCUCCUCUGUGUCCAUGUCUCCCCUCUGCCUCUUUCUCCCCCUCCCCUUGUGUGUCUCUCUCCUUUCUCCCUGUCGCUCUCUUCCCCUCUGUCUCUUUCUCCCCCCUUUCCCUGUGUCUCUCCCUCCUCCACAUCUCUCUUCCCCUCUGUCUGUUUCUCCUCCCUCUGCCAUCUCUCUAUUCCCCUUCUUUCUCCCCCUGUGUCUCACUCUUACCCCUCUGUCUCUUUCUCCCUCUUUUCCCGGUGUCUAUUCCCUCUCUGUUUUAUUUUCUCCCCCUCCCCUUGUGUCUCUAUAUUCCCUUUCUCCCCCCCCCCAUCAUUUACCUAGAGAAGUCAGGGGGGCCAGCCGCAUUACAGGCUGGAGCCGCCGGCCAGGUGGCAGCCUCGCCGGUCCGGCGGCACUCCUGUCACUGAUGCUGAGGACUGAAGGAGGAGGGAGGAGCAUGUCUACCAUCACAGUAUACUGAUACAGCAUACUGUGCAUACUGUGCUGGGAAUUGUGGGAACCGCAAGGGAGUAUGAUAGACAUGCUCCUCCCUCCUCCUUCAGCCCUCAGCAACAGUAACAGGAGUGCCGGCGGACUGGCGAGGCUGCCACCCGGCCGGCGGCACUCCUGUCACUGAUUAAAAUAUCCCGGUGGGCCAGUCCGACCCUGGUGCCAAAUUCAUGUUUGAUUUAGCAUGCAUGUGUACGAAUUGCUGAAUACACACAGAAGAUGUGUAAUAGGGUUUUUGAGAAGAAACAAAACCAGAGCACAUGCAUGGUUAUGUAUUAAAUUAAGAAUUGUCAGGAAUUCAUAGUGAAUAGAAAGCAAAUUUUAAGUUUAAGGUAAAAAUAGCUGAUUUGAAAAAAUCUCGAAAACAUCUAUUCUUCCACCACUUAUUUCAGUCUAAAAUUUAAAAUUUACUUUGAAUUCGCAAUGAUUCUCAUUGUUGUAAAGAACCCUGAGAAUAUUUACAAAUGAAUACCAUAAACUAUCACACAGGCAUAAAUACAAAACAUAUAUUGACUGCAAACUUACACCCUUCCUAAUAUUAAAAAGAACAGGUGCUCACAAGAGAUGCUUAGCCUUUAGUUUAGUCUUUUUUACAAUCCACAAUAAUAGAAAUCACAAUGCAGACAGAACUCUACUUAUAUGUUAUCAUAUUGUUUGCUGUGAGAACAAUCAGAAUGUGGAAUUCUCUGCCUGAAGAAGUGGUUUUAUCAGAGUCCAUACAGAUGUUCAAACAGCUACUAGAUGCAUACUUGCAAAAACAGAAUAUUCAAGGAUAUAAUCUUUCAAUGUAGGGUAAUAACUGCUUGAUCCAAGGAUAAAUCUGACUGCCAUUCUGGGGUCAAGAAGGAAUUUUUUUCCUAGUUUGUUGUAAAAUUGGAAGUCCUUCAAACUGUUUUUUUUUUUUGCCUUCUUUUGGAUCAACAGCAAAAAACAAAUGUGAGGAAGGCUGAACUUGAUGGAAGCCUCUUUUCAGCUAUGUAACUAUAUUAUCUUUGGUAGUCCACCUAUUCCUCAAAUUGAAUGGAUUUACCAGUCUUCUGUCCUAUCUAGUUGUACUUACUCUCCCUUAAAAUGGUAAAAGUAAAAAGCAGUGAGACCUGUAAAUGGAAGGUUUAAGAACAUUUUUGAUAACUUCUUUUGAUUAUUUCUUCCGUUUGGGUAGUAGAAUUCACAGGGUCACUGCCAGAUUAAAAGGGGUAAAUUAAGCUUUAUACACCACAGGUGAUUAUACAGAAUAUUUGUGCUCUUGGCUAGAGUGGUCACAUGCCAGUUUGCCCAUUCAUCCAGAUGUCCCCCACACUGCACCCAGGUAUAUUGUAAUAAAUCCCCCAGAGUUCUAACACAUUGAGGGGAUCCUGGAGCAGUGUUAGGAUACACCAAGAAGUACUACAUAAUAUAUAUGAUGCGGGUCGAUGGACAGACAAGGUGGGUGUGCCGCGGAAAAACCAUGAAACUUGCCAGAAGCUGGGGAAAGGGACACAUACUUGUUUAUUAUAGAAAAUAUAAACCAAAUGAUAUUGAUCUAAAUGGAAGUUACCAUAGCAAGGCAUCUAUGCAAGUCCUUGUAUUUGUAUAGAGAAAUUCUGCAAAUUGCACUGAUUAACUAUUUUAACCAUUACAGUUCCUGGAUGACAAUGUUAAAGGGAAUAUGGAUAACUUUUUAGUUUUAUGAUAAAUUUAGCUAGUUAAAUGUAUGUAGCUCACUUGAUUUGGUCUUUGUAUGUUAUUGCUAAAUACAAUGGCAAAACUUGCAAAUUUGUUAGAUUAUUUUACAUUGUCACGAGAUAGAAUCAGAUCACUGCGUGAUUACACAUUUUGGUAUGGAGGCAGGAAAAAGUACUUGUUAAAUGUUAUAGGGAUAAUUUGACACUAAAGCGAUCAUUUGAUAAGCACCACAUCUAUCUAAAUUUGCAGGGUUAUUCCUUAAACUAAAAAUUCAAAGAGAAUUCAAACUGAAUUUCAGACUUUAACCCCUUAAGGACCAAACUUCUGGAAUAAAAUGGAAUCAUGACAUGUCACACAUGUCAUGGGUCCUUAAGGGGUUAAAGUAACAGAACUUUAAACAUAGCUGACUUAGAGAUUUUUUGAAUUUCAGCAGGUUUUGCCUUAAAUUUGAAAUUUAAUUUGAAUACUCACUUUGAAUACUCACUUUAGUAAACAACUCUGUUGGUAAUUCUCUGAAAUUUCAAAUUCAGUAUAGGACAAGUCAGUGUAUGUUGACAAAUCUGCCAUAUUUCAAUGGUAAAUAAUACAAUUUGAUUAUGUUUCAGCACCUGAAUUAUAACCAGUGUUUAUCAGAAUUUGCUUCAUGGGGGAGAUUUUAGUUUGACCCCUCUUGAGGUAUGGAGUUUAAGUGUAGAUUGAUAAAUAAAUAAAUAAAUGCAUAGUCUACAUAACUCCCCAAGAGCACAUCUGGCCAUAUGGCAUUCAAUGAAAUUUGACAGACAAGGUGGGUGUGCAGCGGAAAAACCAUGGAACUUGCCAGCAGCUGGGGAAAGGGCAGGACACUGAGAUCCACGUAUGCGUCCGGUGAGUAAGUGCAGUACACCUGCCUCUUCCGGUGAGUCAUGACAGCUGCUGGCUGAGUUGCUGCUAUUCCUAAACAAUCCAUUUUCCAGUAAUCCCAUUUACAGUUUACAGUGGAAUAUCUAGCAGGGAUGAAAUUUCACAAACUGAUUAUUGCAAAUGUGGCAUCCUAUAACAGUACCACUCUUGAAUUCACUGAACUCUUCAGAAUGAUCCAUUUUUUCACAAAUGUGUGUAACUGCAGACUGCAAGGCUAGGUGCUUGAUUUUAUACACAUGUGGCAAUGGGUUUGAUUGAAAGACCUGAGUUUGAUAAUUAAGAGGUGUGUCUGAAUACUUUUGUCCAUAUUGUGCAUAUUAGGUUUUGCGUGGCUGUGCGAAAUGCAACAGGAUGUCAUAGCAUUGAGAAAUGCAGGCAUAUAUAUGAUAAUGGAGUAAGAAUACAUGGGUGUAACCUACACUCAUAGUAUGAAAAAUUGAUGGGUCUCUGGGUAGAGAGUAGUGAAUUUGUCAUUCCUGUCUUUGGAGAUGAAUAGUAUUAAAUAUGCCUGAAAGAAAUGGGCGGAGAGCUCUUCUCCUCCGAUCCUCCUCUUCUCCUCCUCCUGGGCUGAAUGCGCACGCGCGGCAAGAGCUUACCUUUUUCCAGCGCUGGGCGGGGAGCUCUCCUCCUUCUCUCCUCCUCCGUUCCUCCUCCUGGGCUGAAUGCGCACGCGCGGCAAGAGCUGCGCGCGCAUUCAGCCCGUCGCAUAGGAAAGCAUUUACAAUGCUUUCCUAUGGACGCUUGCGUGCUCUCACCGUGAAAAUCACAGUGAGAAGCACGCAAGCGCCUCUAGUGGCUGUCAAUGAGACAGCCACUAGAGGAUUAGGGGGAAGGCUUAACCCAUUCAUAAACAUAGCAGUUUCUCUUAGAUGGUGGGGUUAGAACUAUUUAAAACAAAACAAUUGGUAUAAUUAUGUAGAAAGCGGUGUCCACCUAUUAUGCUCUGCACGUCAUGCCAACAAGGAAAUGUAAGAUUGCAAUUAACAUUUCUCACCAUUCCACAUAUGAGAGCUAUGAGAAGCAGCUAACACCGAAUAAAGUGUGCAACUUGUAAUUGAAAUAGCGUUGGGUGGGUACGUGGAGCGCCACUGUUCUCAGUUGCAAGAGAAUAUUAAAUAACGAGUGACCUUUUACAUUCAUUAGCAGUAUGUAGCUAAAGCAAACACUCUCUAGAUUCUGUAGGAAUUUCAACACACAUACUUGUUUAUUAUAGAUAUGAACAAAAUAUAAACCAAAUGAUAUUGAUCUAAAUGGAAGUUACCAUAGCAAGGCAUCUACGCAAUUCCUUGUAUUUGUAUAGAGAAAUUCUGCAAAUUGCACUGAUUAACUAUUUAAAUCAUUACAGUUUCUGGGGGACAACUUUGAAGGGAAUAUGGAUAACUUUUUAGUUUUAUGAUUAAUUUAGCUAGUUAAAUGUCGAUCACUUGAUCUGGUCUUUGUAUGUUAUUGCUACAUACAAUGGCAAACUUGCAAAUUUGUUAGAUUAUUUUACAUUGUCACGAGAUGGAAUCAGAUCACUGCGUGAUUACACAUUUUGAUAUGGAGGCAGGAAAAAGUACUUGUUAAAUGUUAUAGGGAUAAUUUGACACUAAAGCGAUCAUUUGAUAAGCACCACAUCUAUGUUGAAUGAAAUAUCUAAAUUUGCAGGGUUAUUCCUUUAAACUAAAAAUUCUAAGAGAAUUCAAAGUGAAUUUCAGACUUUAAGUCAAAGUAAUAGAACUUUAAACAUAGCUUACUUAUAGAAUGUUUGCAUUUCAGCAGGUUUUGCCUUAAAUUUAAAAUUUCAUUUGAAUAUUCACGUUAGUAAACAACUCUGUUGAUUAUUCUCUGAAAUUUCAAAUUCAGUAUAGGACAAGUCAGUGUAUGUUGAAAAAUAUGCCAUAUUUCAAUGAUAAAUAAUACAAUUUGAUUAUGUUUCAGCACCUGAAUUAUAACCAGUGUUUAUCCGAAUUUGCUUCAUGGGGGAAAUUUUAGUUUGACCACUCUUGAGGUAUGGAGUUUAAGUGUAGAUUGAUAAAUAAAUAAAUGCAUAGUCUACAUAACUCCCCAAGAGCACAGUAUUAAAAUAGAUACAUGAAAUCUUGCCAGUGGACCAGGGUCUUUAGUUACCCCACUUCUGAGCCAGCGUAAAAUGAGUCAGGACAGUGGACCAUUGGACUAUGGUGGCUGCCGACAUCCCAGACCAUCUUUAUUCCUCCUCAUCUGCAGUAUAAAGGUGAUAGCCAACCCCAAUGUUUUAAUUUGAAAGAGCACCAUGCUGCUUGCUGCACAUUAAUUUGAUAACACAGUUAUGACAGAAUCUGUAGAAGAUAUAACUAUUCCAGUAUUCAAAGACAACAGGAUUUCACAUACACUGACAGAACUCUGCUAACAUGUGGGAAGGGCACAUGGUUCUAUAGCUUACAAGCCUCAGUGAAAUGUAAGGCAUCCUUGGGGUGAAAGGAAUAAACUGCAAUCACUGUCACAAUCCAGUGACCCUCAUGCUAGACCAGCAGGGCAAGCAUGAGGGAUCAUGGUGUGUAGGGAAGUAAGAUGUCAUUGUGAAUGGAGAAGAGAAAAUGCCACUGGAAAAAGAGGGAAAGGGAUAAAAUUAUGUAGGGAACGACAAUAGGGGAUACGAUGACAUGGGUAAAACAGGGGAAGGGAUGAGAGGAUAUGUGAUAGGGGAAGCUAGAGAGGGGAGCAAGGGGAUAAAAUGACUUAGUGGAUGAAGGGAAGGGAUAACAUAAACUGGGUAAAGGAGGGGAUUGAAUAGGAUGACAUAGGAAAGGUAAUAUAGGGAUAUGAUGACAUGGGUAAGAUGAUAUGCGGAAGGGACAGGGGAGUAAGGUGAUAUGAGGAAGAGAGAGGGUAAGAUCACAUAGAGAAGGGAGUAGGUGGGAUCAUAUGUCAAAGGUAGGGGUAGGAUGCUAUGGAGAAGGAAGGUGUAAGAUGAUGUGGAGACAGGAGCUGUAAGGUGAUAUGAAGAAGGCAGGUGUAACAUGAUAUGUAGAAGGGAAGGGAUGGGGCACGAUGACAUGGGGAAGAGGGGUAAAAAGGAAAAUGGCAUGAGGUAACAGAACUCACUGCUUGAUGGUCUGGAUGGCAACAUGUGCCUCAACUCAGCAUGAAUGCUCUACUGCUAUGGUUAUACCAUAGCCCAUUCUGUGAUGGUGUAGCUAAAGUUUGGAAGGCAUGUGUUAUAUACAUUUAAUAUAAUUUUUGAAUUAUAGAAACAAACCUUGCCACUAUUGAUUUUUAUAAACAAUAUAGAAAUACUCAAACACAGGUGAUAGCUAUGACUGAGACGGAAACUGUUGGAUAGGAAAUCCCUGGGUAACUUCAAAAUAAAACAUUCAUACAUUACAAAUAUAAACCAAUAUCUGACUUUGUUUUUGACAAUGUGUUCUUCUUUGCACAAUUCAUUUUACUGUACAGGGUAAGUGUUAAAGGGAUACUCUGGGCAAUACUACAACUUUAAUGCAUUUGAUAGAUUUUGGCCUCAUCACUAUGCUGUAUUUUUUUGCAUGCUCAAAUCUUUAUAGUUUUUGCACAAAAAAAUAAAUGUUUGGCAGAAUUCUGCACUAUAAGCCUGCCUCCUUAGCCACACCCCUCAUUCCAGGAAGACUUCCUUAUCAAAAGUAUGCACACAGUCUUAGCCCCAACAGUACUGAGUGAGCUGCUUUAAUUGAAAACCUGUCUGCUUACAGUCAAAGAAACUAUAGACAGGUAGUGAUAUCCUUACUAUAUGCCUCCCUGGGUGACCUCUCCUUCUAAUGCAGGUUGUUUUCAUACAUUUUAUAAGAAAGUAUUUUUCUGGGAUGAGGUGGUGUGGUUAAAGAGGUAGUCUUAUGGUGCAGCAUUAAUUCUGUAAAGCAUUGAUUUAUGUAAUACAAAAACUAUAAAUAUUUGAGCAUGCAAAAAUUCUGCAUAUUAAUAAGACCAAAAGCAUUUAAAGGACCACUCUAGGCACCCAGACCACUUCAGCUUAAUGAAGUGGUCUGGGUGCCAGGUCCUUCUAGGGUUAACCCAUUUUUUUAUAAACAUAGCAGUUUCAGAGAAACUGCUAUGUUUAUGAAUGGGUUAAGCCUUCCCCCAAAGCCUCUAGUGGCCGUCUCAUUGACAGCCACUAGAGGCGCUUGCGUGCUUCUCACUGUGAUUUUCACAGUGAGAGCACGCAAGCGUCCAUUGGAAAGCAUUGUAAAUGCUUUCCUAUGCGACGGGCUGAAUGCGCGCGCAGCUCUUGCCGCGCGUGCGCAUUCAGCCCAGGAGGAGGAACGGAGGAGGAGAGAAGGAGGAGAGCUCCCCGCCCAGCGCUGGAAAAAGGUAAGCUCUUGCCGCGCGUGCGCAUUCAGCCCAGGAGGAGGAGAAGAGGAGGAUCGGAGGAGAAGAGCUCUCCGCCCAUUUCUUUCAGGCAUAUUUAAUACUAUUCAUCUCCAAAGACAGGAAUGACAAAUUCACUACUCUCUACCCAGAGACCCAUCAAUUUUUCAUACUAUGAGUGUAGGUUACACCCAUGUAUUCUUACUCCAUUAUCAUAUAUAUGCCUGCAUUUCUCAAUGCUGUGACAUCCUGUUGCAUUUCGCACAGCCACGCAAAACCUAAUAUGCACAAUAUGGACAAAAGUAUUCAGACACACCUCUUAAUUAUCAAACUCAGGUCUUUCAAUCAAACCCAUUGCCACAUGUGUAUAAAAUCAGAGAAACUGCUAUGUUUAUGAAUGGGUUAAGCCUUCCCCCUAAUCCUCUAGUGGCUGUCUCAUUGACAGCCACUAGAGGCGCUUGCGUGCUUCUCACUGUGAUUUUCACAGUGAGAGCACGCAAGCGUCCAUAGGAAUGCAUUGUAAAUGCUUUCCUAUGCGACGGGCUGAAUGCGCGCGCAGCUCUUGCCGCGCGUGCGCAUUCAGCCCAGGAGGAGGAACGGAGGAGGAGAGAAGGAGGAGAGCUCCCCACCCAGCGCUGGAAAAAGGUAAGUUUUUAACCCUUUCCCCUUCCAGAGCCGGGCGGGAGGGGGUCCCUGAGGGUGGGGGCACCCUCAGGGCACUAUAGUGCCAGGAAAACGAGUAUGUUUUCCUGGCACUAUAGUGGUCCUUUAAGUAGUAUUGGUGCCCAGAGUGUCCCUUUAAGCAUAUUUAAAAACAUUUAGCGAACACCUCUAUGCACAAACCAGCAAUUACUUGUUUUGUAAUUAAUCAUAUGGUGUUUAAGGAAUGAGAAGUGAAUGAUAGGUCCUAAGUGAUGUUUGUAAUAGCUGAUUACAUUUGAGCUGACUGAGAUGGUAAGCGAAACCCACAGCACUAAUUGCCUAUUGUGUAGUGCUGAGAUAUGUGUUACAGAUAAAGCUGCACUUCCAUUUUUAGGCCUCUAGUUCAAAGGAACGUUAAUGUCCAGUUCCACUGGGAAUUAGACGGGUUGUGUUCUCACAGAAAGAGAAAGAAGGCCCUUAGUAGAGGGUAAGGAAUUGGUUGCAUGAAUUUCAUGAUAAACACACACAUGGUCUGUGAAGCCGACAUACAGAUGAUCCACCUCUUUCCAUGAACUGCCAGUUCUGGAGCAGGAAACUAUUUCAUUUAAUUAGCACACAUGUGGCAUCUGACAUCAAUGUGAAGAUCAUCUAGUCUGUUUGCUGAUUUUUCCAAGAAGUGCCCUUUAAAUGCAGAGUGAUGAUGGUUUGUGAGACAGCAGACUAAUUACAAUAUGACUUUCAUUCUGUCCUGUCACCACUAAUUGAAACAUCAUACGCCCAUCAUCGACCAUAAGAGGAUUCUUCAUAACCAUCACAGGAAAGCCAGACCCUGAAAAAACUGUAAUACAGUAUGAGUAGUCCUAGCUCUUAGUCAAAGAAGACGUCAAAGUAACAUGUACUUUAACACAACAAGUUAAUACAAAGAAAUAGUGUAGCUGUGCCUCUUAAUAAAUUAGGCUUAAAUGUAAGGGAAUGCAUUAAGGGAAUAAUGGGAAUUUUGCAGUUUUCUUGUCUGUCUACAGUACUUAAUGGAUCCAGUUGGCAUAAUUGUAGAAUUGGAGGAUCUUUUUUCUGGUUGUUUUAGUGUAGCGGGAUUAGUCCAUUAUAAAGUAUAGGUAAAGUGAACAUGUCCUUCAAGCACCCACUAAACAAACAUUUUGAUAAUAUACUCUUUGAUAGUAAACAUUUGGUAGGGAGGGUGCCCUGGCAUUCUGAGAAUGAUGAAGAUGUUAGGAAGCAUGUGUCAAUGGGUGUUUGUGACUGAUUCAACAUAUACACAAUUCCAUAUAAGCAUUGCUCACCAAUGUUUGUGUUUGAUGGCAAAUACCCAUUCUUAUUUAAUUUUCAAUUCUAUACCUCCUCUUAGAACUUUCACACGAUCACUGAUCACUGACAUUAUAUCCCAGUGCUUUCCACUAAUUUCUUUCAAAUAAUGUGAUUUCUGCACACAGUCGACUGUUCCUGACCCUAUAGUGUUCCUUUAAACCUAACUGUGUUGUUUGUCCUUUCAAAAUGAAAAUUGACAGACAUGGACACAAGGCAGACAUGUAUUUCCUCAAACUGGUCUGUUUGGACAUGUUUUAUUCAGUAUUCAAGGCUACUGGCAUAUGCCUGCCACACAUUGGUCAGCGACCAAACUGUUUCAAAUAUAAGUACCUAUGUAGUCAAUUUCUGUUGCCAUAACGAUAUCCUAUAACUUUAUCAUUGUGUACUUUUCCCUUAUUUUUAGAUUGCAAGAAUUUAACAUUUAUUAGCUUGGCUUUCUCUAGAUGUCUGGUCCAUAUACCGGUAUAGGUUCUACAUUUGCAGCUAGUGUAAGCACAGACAUACAAGAUAUAGCAUUAAACAACAAAUUAAAGCUUAAAGGACCACUCUAGGCACCCAGACCACUUCAGCUUAAUGAAGUGGUCUGGGUGCCAGGUCCUUCUAGGGUUAACCCAUUUUUUUAUAAACAUAGCAGUUUCAGAGAAACUGCUAUGUUUAUUAAUGGGUUAAGCCUUCCCCCUAAUCCUCUAGUGGCUGUCUCAUUGACAGCCACUAGAGGCGUUGGGUGCUUCUCACUGUGAUUUUCAAUCAAACCCAUUGCCACAUGUGUAUAAAAUCAGAGAAACUGCUACGUUUAUGAAUGGGUUAAGCCUUCCCCCUAAUCCUCUAGUGGCUGUCUCAUUGACAGCCACUAGAGGCGCUUGCGUGCUUCUCACUGUGAUUUUCACAGUGAGAGCACGCAAGCGUCCAUAGGAAUGCAUUGUAAAUGCUUUCCUAUGCGACGGGCUGAAUGCGCGCGCAGCUCUUGCCGCGUGUGCGCAUUCAGCCCAGGAGGAGGAACGGAGGAGGAACGGAGGAGGAGAGAAGGAGGAGAGCUCCCCGCCCAGCGCUGGAAAAAGGUAAGUUUUUAACCCUUUCCCCCUUCCAGAGCCGGGCGGGAGGGGGUCCCUGAGGGUGGGGGCACCCUCAGGGCACUAUAGUGCCAGGAAAACGAGUAUGUUUUCCUGGCACUAUAGUGGUCCUUUAAUUGCAAAGUUCAGUCAUUUGGACACUAGGAAAACCUUUGCAUAGUCUUUAUUUGCUCUGCCUUUAAACCCUUUCCUCCAAUGAUUAAUAUACUUGUGUUAUAAUGAUACUCUGGUGACAAACACAAAAUUAAAGGGACACUAUAGUCACCAGAACAACUACAGCUGAUUGAAUUUGUUCUGGUGAGUAGAAUCAUUACCUUCAGGCUUUUUGCUGUAAACACUGUCUUUUCAGAGAAAAUGCAGUGUUUACAUUACAGCCUAGUGAUAACUUCACUGGCCACUCCUCAGAUGGCUGUUAGAGAUCCUUCCUGGGUCAUGGCUGCCUACAACGCAUCCAAACAUUCAGUGUCUCCACCCUCUGCAUGCAGACACAGAACUUUCCUCAUAGAGAUUCAUUGAUCCAAUUCAUCUCUAUGAGGAGAUGCUGAUUGGCCAGGGCUGUGCAUGAAUUGUGCUGGCUCUGCCUCUGAUCUGCCUCUUUGUCAGUCUCAGCCAAUCCUGUGGUGAAGCAUUGUGAUUGGAUAAGGCUACCACUUCUGCGGAUGUCAGCAGACUGCUUGUUUUUCUGAGACAAACAGCAUGCAGAGUUACAGUUUCAGGCUUAAAUACAGUAAGAUUUUGCUAUAUUUAUGGAUGCAUGCGGGGCCCAGGGGGGCUAGAUGGUGGUUUUAACACUAUAAGGUGAGGAAUACAUGUUUGUGUUCCUGACUCUAUAGUGAUCCAUUAAUCAAUUUGAUGUGUUUUGGCCUCAAUAAUAUGCUGUAUUAUUUGCAUACUUAAAUUGUUGUAGUUUUACUUUCUACCCCCCCAAAAAAAUGUCUAGCAAAAUGUGGAACUACAUAUCUGUCUCCUUAGCCAAACAACCCUAUUCUAAAAACACUACCUAAUCUAAAUUGUAAUAGAUAUGAUUUGUCUAUUUGAAAUAAUAAGUCAGUAAACAAAAGAAAAUCACAUAAUGAAACCAAUAAGAAGAGUGCAAACCCAAGCAAAUAUAAUAUGUGAUCACUGUAAACUAAUCACUAAGAUACACUGUUUGUUCUUGGUUUAGGUGAGGAAUGGAUAAGUGUGAACAAAGAACCCAGUGUCUCCACUCGCUACAAAAUUACAGACCUGACUACCGGUGAAAAGAUACUGCCUCGUGUUACAGCAAGUAGCAAAGCUGGAGUGAGUCCCCCUGUCCAGUUGGAAAACUUUGUUCAGAUUCGUGAAAUUGUUGGUGAGAUAUUUUUACAUUUUUUAAAUUCUAAUUUUUAUUGCAAACAUCUACUGUACAGUAUCGUACCUUCACAUUGAAAAACUAAAACAGAUAACAAAUAAUGGCAUUACAACUCAUUUUUGUAGUAUACGAGAUUGAAAAAAACAUGGAGAACAAGUCUCUUUAUAGUGAUCAAAGUGUGAAAAGUUGAUAGUUUUCCAGUAAAGUGAAGAAAAGGCGCCCUUGAUACCAGAUACCUCCUGACAUAAAAUAUUUGAUAGAUAUACAUCGUAGCAACGUUUUUUACAUUUAAAUUGGACAUCUCAAGUGUCCCACAUUUAAGGGAACAAUCUUCAUUUGGAAUAUGAGUACACCAAACCUAGUCUGUCCUCCCAUAAUCCAAAAUCAGGGUGUUAGUGGAAUGGUAGGUGGGAACCCAAGGGGCAGUAGGUCGCUAAGACAAGGCAAUCCAGGGAAUGUAGUCAGACAUUCCAAAAAACGUACAAAAUCCAGGCAGCAAUGGUUCUUGAAUGAUAAGCCAGGUCAAGUUCAGAUAACUUGUAACAGAUAUAUAAUAUAGAACCAAGUGUUCACAAGCCAGUGCACAGGACAUCUGAGUUUUCAUAACUUAGUUGUACUGAGUUUAAAUGGAGUGCCCUCAUAGCCAGGCCCCACUGUGUCCCAGCGCAGCCCUCUACCUCAUUGGUGUAUGUGUGGGGGAUUGUGGUUUCUAUGGGAACAUAUGGGCGGGAAUCCCAUUGUAGUUCAUCUACCAAGUAACUGAUGGUUCUCAAAAAAAGGCCAAAUCACUUGCUGAUGUACAGUAGAUAAUAACUGGCACAAUAAUGCUAAAACACUUGUUAAUCCUUGUAACGGAACCUUCCGUUAAUGGACACUUCCUAGCUUGCGCCGAGGACCACAAGCACCGCAGACUCCACAACCGCCGUAGCUUAACUGGAGUCUCACCGUCUUCCUUCCUCCCUGGAUCAGCUUCCGUCCUCCAGGACCGUGUGGGAAAGACCUCUCCUCCAGGAGAGCGUAUCAGGAACAAGCUCUUAAAAGAGCUAAGUGAUUAAAGCUCAGGGGAGUAUGUAGAGCAUAGCAAUCCCCAGUGUGAGUAUAGCUGUCCCCUUCAAUCAUGAGACAAGACUACGUGUUGAGGGUCAAGAAGAUCUGUUUUAUUGGCACCAAAGGGCCUUCUUUUAUGCCGUUUUUCCUUACAUAGGACCACCCACAGGGUUUUACAGAGCAACCAAUAACACACGUACAUUACAGAAAACACUCCCAGCAAUUACACACAAAAUCCUCCCCCUCUGCCUGUGAUAUAAUUAUGGUACACAAUGCUUCACAUAAUUAUCACAGGCAAGAAAAAUACAGUUUUUAUACAUGUACUAUAAUUUUAAAACCAUACAUCCAAUCUUCAUAAAUUCAUAUUCAGAAUCAGCACACUUUAAAUAUAAACACUCUCAAAAAUCAGACAAAUCCAUCCAGCAGAUAAAAAGUUAGAUGGAAGUCCUUUAUUACCGACCGCAAGCACAUUUUCCUGCCCAAAACAGUUCCAUAGAUCUGGGCUGUGCGAUCGGUCUAUUUCAGGCUGAAAAAAUGACUAAGUCCCAUUGCCGAAUGGGACUUAGUCUCUGUGGCUGAAAGUUCAGUAUGGGACUUUUUAGCUGAUUUUAGUUCCAUGAAUUUGGCUGCACACACCGCUGACCGUAUUGGAAUGAAUAAAGAUGGCACCGCCACGUGUUCAUUUGCGCAAACGGCAGCCUCCCAGAGUUCGGCAAUUGACCUACUGUAGGCUCCCAGCCUGGGAGGUAAAUUGCCUGCACACUUCCACUUCUGGGUGGUCCGCCUGUGUGGUACUUGGUUCAGUUUACUGAACCAAGUGGGAAAUAGCCAGGAACAAAGGGUUUUAACCAAGUCUGGGGACACUGGGGACACAGGCUUAAAGGGGCAUUGUCCCAAUUUUCUCUAUGUCCCAAAAAUGUGCUUAAAGGGCCAGCACCAGUCCCAUAAAAAGUCCAUAAGCCCCAAUAUGCUCACAGACUGUUCUUAAAGGGUCAUACACACCCGGUCCAUAGUCAUGGGGGAGGAGGCUGGCAAAUAGGCUCCUCCAUAAUCCAGGGAAGCCGGGCAAUUUGUCAUUUAAAGGAACAGUUACAAAAGGCAUUUUGCAACAAUCCUAAUGCUAGGUUUUUGUUUUCUCAAAUGGACUUAUCAAGCAAUCUCAAAGCUGUUGAAUGUUGAUCAACAGACCCAGUGUGCAGCAUAUAACUUAAAGUUUUGAAGUAUGUAUUUGGAUUCUGGUUUCUUAUGCGUAGAGCAUUGUGAACCUGACCUCACCUGUCAGCAACUACACUCUGCAGAUAUACAGUACCUCACAAAAGUGAGUACACCCCUCACAUUUUUGUAAAUAUAUUAUUAUAUCUUUUCAUGGGACACUCUGCUACAAUGUAAAGUAGUAAGUGUACAGCCUGUAUAACAGUGUAAAUGUGCUAUCCACUCAAAAUAACUCAACACACAGCCAUUAAUGUCUAAACCGUUGGCAACAAAAGUGAGUACACCCCUAAGUGUAAAUGUCCAAAUGGGGCCCAAAGUGUCAAUAUUUUGUGUGGCCACCAUUAUUUUCCAGCACUGCCUUAACCCUCAUGGCAUGGCAUUCACCAGAGCUUCACAGGUUGCCACUGGAGUCCUCUUCCACUCCUCCAUGACGACAUCACUGAGCUGGUGGAUGUUAGAGUCCUUGCGCUCCCCCACCUUCCAUUUAAGGAUGCCCCACAGAUGUUCAAUAGAGUUUAGGUCUGGAGACAUGCCUGGCCAGUCCAUCACUUUUACCUCCAGCUUCUUUAGCAAGGCAGUGGUCGUUUUCGAGGUGUGUUUGGGGUCAUUAUCAUGUUGGAAUACUGCCCUGCAGCCCAGUCUCCGAAGGGAGGGAAUUAUGCUGUGCUUCAGUACAUGUUGGCAUUCAUGGUUCCCUUAAUGAACUGUAGCUCCUCAGUGCCGGCAGCACUCAUGCAGGCCCAGAACAUGACACUCCCACCAUCAUGCUUGACUGUAGGCAAGACACACUUGUCUUUGUACUCCUCACCUGGCUGCUGCCACACACGCUUGACACCAUCUGAACCAAAUAAGUUUAUCUUGGUCUCAUCAGACCACAGGACAUGGUUCCAGUAAUCCAUGUCCUUAGUCUGCUUGUCUUCAGCAAACUGUUUGUGGGCUUUCGUGUGCAUCAUCUUUAGAAGAGGCUUCCUUCUGGGACGACAGCCAUGCAGACCAAUUUGCUUUAGUGUGCGGCGUAUGGUCUGAGCACUGACAGGCUGACCUCCACCUCUGUAACCUCUGUAACAAUGCUGGCAGCACUCAUACGUCUAUUUCCCACAUGCUCUCAACUUCUUUGGUCGACCAUGGCGAGGCCUGUUCUGAGUGGAACCUGUCUUGUGAAUCCGCUGUAUGGUCUUGUUCACCAUGCUGUAGUUGAGUUUCAGGGUCUUGGCAAUCUUCUUGUAGCCUAGCCCAUCUUUAUGUAGAGCAACAAUUUUUUUUUCAGAUCCUCAGUGAGUUCUUUGCCAUGAGGUACCAUGUGGAACUUCCAGUGACCAGUAUGAGAGAGGGUGAGAGCCAUAACACCAAAUUUAAUACACCUGCGCCCCAUUCACACCUGAGACCUUAUAACCCUAAUGAGUCAGAUGACACCGGGGAGGGAAAGUGGCUAAUUGGGCCCAUUUGGACAUUUCCACUUUGGGGUGUACUCACUUUUGUUGCCAAAGGUUUAGACAAUAAUGACGGUUUGUUGAGUUAUUUUGAGGGGGCAGCAAAUUUACACUGUUAUACAGGCUAUACACUUACUACUUUGUAAUAGUGUGUCAUUUCUUAAGUGUUGUCACAUGAAAAGAUAAUAAAAUAUUUCCAAAAAUGUGAGUGGGCACUCACUUUUGUGAGAUACUGUAUAUAUAUAUAUAUAUAUAUAUAUAUAUAUAUAAACCCAUCUCCAUGUACAUAUAAACAAAAUACAUUUCAGAGUAUAAAAUCCAUCUUCAGAAGCAGACUGAGGCACAGGGAAAUUGGGAAAUCUUCUAGUAGAGAAAUGAGUACAAGUGGCUUAUGCCUUCUGUCCUCUUUGUUGUAGUGGGCAAGGAGCAGUGGUAGGCCCUCAAAUGUCACUUACAGAUUUGUAUAUACAAUGUGAAAACUACCUCCAGUGACCAUGGUGACAUGUUAUGAAUAUGCCACUGCACAUCAGUAGAUCACCAAAAAUCUAGGCAGCUUCUAGGGCUUGUUGCAAUGUGUAGGCCUGGAGAUUUGGUUCCAAUUGAUCCUUCAUUAAUCUGGUGCUGAAUAUGGAGUCAUCAUUAUGAGUGUAAGGCCAGCUCAUUGGGUAUAUGGUUCUAUAACAUUUGUGUAAUAAAAACACUAAUCAUAAAAUGGUCUGCUUGGAGGGUUCUUGCGCAAAUUUUGGUUCCAGCUGUGAGAUGUGAAUUCCUGCAAAAAAUAAAUAAAUAAAUUAUAUAUAUAUAUAUAUAUAUAUAUAUAUAUGUAUGCUUAAUGCUUAAUUCCUCUGUAAGAAAAUGUAAUAAACCAAACUUUCCAUUAUCAUAAAUGGACUAGUGUGUACAGAUAUAAAUGGUAAUGUAAUUGGAGAAUGACUAAAUCCACAGAUGAUGUCUUCAAUUCAUAAAGGACUUUUUAAAAGUAUAAAGAUCAAUCCAACAUGGACAGGAGGCAGGGCUACUUCGGGACAUUUUAGAUGAUUACAUGAACUACUGAAGCAUUUAACUGAAAUCGAUCAAAAUAUAUUACUGACAUGCUAAUUUCUAAACAUAUUUACUUUGUUGGAAAGGUACAUUAUUGUAGAUGUGAUUGCUGUAAAGCUCAUGUAUUUGACUGUGAAAAAAAUAGUUUGUAUUUCUUGUCAUUAAUUAUCUUCUGAGGUGAUAAUACAUAUGUAAUUUUUUAUUACUGUAUAAUUUAAUGUUUUUUGUUUUUUGUUGUUUUUUGUUGUUUUUUUUUUGCUUUUUAAAAUAGGCUUCUCUUUAUAGGGGUGUAGAUUAACGAGAAAAGAUUACAUUUAUUCAUAAUACAGUUCAGGAAAUAUUCUCCUGUGUAAAAGAACUUUAGUUGUGAAAUGUUUGCUUUCUACAUUCUAUAUUCAUGCUGUUUAUGGGUCGUUAAACAAAGAGAUAUUGAGAGUUGAGAACAGGCUCGUAAAAUAGAAGUUAAAAUACUAGAGUGAGAUAAAACUGUAAAAGGAUUUGAAGAUAAUUUUUUUCUAACAUUUUUCUGGCAUUUUAGACAUUAGUUUCUUGAGAUAUUACAGCCUCUGCUUAGUGAAUAAAUCCCCAUGUGUAAGAUGAAAGAAUGUCAGAAGAACUACUUUGUCCCAUGCUUUUUGGAGUGGUUGUGUUGUGAACAAUGAACAUAUUUCUAUGUAUAAGAUAAUGGCACUUUGCUAUUUGAAGUGGUUGCACUGUGAAGUUGCCAAGUUAGGAUAUGGAAUGACAGGAGCUCAGUAGGUCAAGGCAUGCAUUUUGUUUAUCUAAUGCAAUGCCGUAUCAGAAGAAGUGGAAUGUUGGCUUACCGACUCACACGGGUAAAGGUUAAUUGGGUUCAGUUUCAAAAUAGUUAAGCUGGAAAAAUUGUCAAUCUUGGAUAUUUUUUUUUUUUUAAACCGCUAUUUCUGCCCACAAAUUUGCAAUUCCCAGGUCUUUUCUCCAAAAUUAUUUAACACUGUAGCAUCUCCCUAUGCAUUUGAGGAAACCAGAGUGGAGAUGGACUGAUUUACAGCUGCCCUCUGGACCUAAUAAACUCCCUAGUCAGAAAUGCACCAUAAGUAUGUCCUUACACGACACCUUUUCUGCUGCCUCAAGUGUCUCAUAUAACCAAUAACCAUACAGAGUAAGUAAGAGAGACAUUAUUACAGAGACAUUAUAACAGGAAUCUAUUAAAGAAGAAACUGAUACAUGUAUUAACGAGGAUAACGGAGACUAUUACUGCUAAGGUUUCUAAUUUUUGCCACAUGUAGAAUGUUUAUGGUUUAGUCAUUUUGUUCAAUUUAGUUUCUAAUUGUUUACUAUGUACUUUUAUAAACAUAUUUGAAUAUAUUUUAUUGAAGACAUGUAUUAUAUAAAAGAUAACACAUAUAAAAUAUACCAUAAUGGAGAACACAUGCAGGUAUUAACUUCAUAUAGUUUCUUUUUUUUAAUCUUCAUUAAGGUGCAUGGAGUAAAACAAGCAAGGCAGUACAGCAAAUUGUACAAUUUUGUCAAAUUCAUACUCAAAAACCACAUGAUCCUACAUUUUUCUAUUCAUUAGGUACUGAGGGGUGAAGAGAUGGGAAAAAUGAUCAGUGGGGGAGGGGAUUAGGAGGGGAAGAAGGGUGGAAUGGGGCAGAGAAAAGUAGUACAACUGCAUGAUAUUUAAUAUGAAAAAAGGGAAGUAGUCAAUUACUGGUCAAUUGUAAGAAGCAGACACGGUAUUGUUCAAGCUCAAAAGUACAAAUUUGAUCUAAGUAGAGUCAAUUUUCUCCAUGCAAUGUAAAUAACUUCAGGGUGGGCAACCCAUCUUAGAGGACAUCUUGUCAAAGGUGCCAUCUGAUGUCAUGUGAGGCCUCCAUCUCCUAGACCUAGGUAUCAACUCCUUUUGGGAAUAAAUCUGUGAGUCAGCCACUCCUGGUGAGAAGAUAAGGUAAUGGUAAUGGCAGUAAUAAGUAUUUAAGCUGCUUUAAGAAGUUGCAACAGCAGAGAGUUCCUAUAUUUAGAGUGAGAGUGUGGUGUAAUAGCAAUGCCUCUAAUGUGAACAGAGGUGGAGAGUCAACAUUCAGAACGAGAGAGUUGUAGACUUCCCUGCAAAAAAAGGUACUGUCAAGGGCCAACACCACCAGAUUUGAGAGCACAUGCCAGGGUGCAACCUACAAGUAAGGCAAUAAGCAUCACUAUAUAGGAAAAUGUCUUUCAGUACUGAUCAAGUUUUAUACCAGUAUGUCAGUAGCUUGUAAGACAUAUUGAUGACGAAUGGUGCAUAAAUGUAUAAGCGAACAUAUUUUGGUCCACUGUUCAUCAAACAAUGAGAUAUUUAGUUCCUCCUCCUGUUUGGCUUGGAACAGAAAGGAAUGAAAGGAGAAAGAAGAGGUAAGAAAAAGGAGAGCAUGUAUUUUAGAGAUGCCUUGAGAGAAAUUGCCAGGAAAAUAGGAGAAAGAUUCAGAGGGUGAUACUGAAAAGUCAUCUGAGUGGCAUGAAAACAGCUCAUGGAUAGCAAGGCUAAGGUGGAACUAAUGGAAGUGAAGUGCUGAGGCUACAAGUUCAUCAUCAAAUACUCACAGUCGAUUAAGUCUGCCUGAGAAGUAACAUAUUGCAAAACUGAAAAUAGGUGGGAUUUUUGUAAGACCAAGCCUCUGAUAGGUGAGAGGUUCUGAGUGUGCUGGGAGAGCCAAACGAGAAAGCAAAGCUAAAGGUCUAGAUCUAAAAUGUGGGGAAGAAUGACAUAUUUUCCAACAAGCUAUAGAUGGAGAAAUUGUGAUGUGCGGCAUGUAGAAGCUAUCACCAAGUUAGGUCGGAGCCAUAGCAGGCUGCCAGGAUUCCGGAAACCCAAAGUUGUUCCAAGGUCACCUAUGGUUUAUGAGAGGGAAUCUGCUCUACUUUACAAGGAGGAGGGAGGCUCAAUAUUAAUUCUGCAUAUAGGGCACUCCUAUUCCCCCACUAAUUUUAUGUCUAAUAAGAAUAGAAUAACAUAAUCAAGGAAGCCUAGUGCCCCAUUUGUUUUUCUAAAGAGCCUGGUGCACGGAAGAAAAAUACAUAUAAGUAAGGUCUGUAAUAGGUUUAAGAAACAGGGGGGAUAUUUACUUAAAAACACUGAUGCUACCUGUUCAUGUCACAUGUGGGAAGGACCAACACGAAAUUUCAGAAUUAUGGUAAGUAGAGUACCUCAGGGUUCUGUUCUGGGUCCGUAUCUGUUUAACAUAUUUAUAAUUGAUCUUGAAAUAGGCAUUAAAAGACAUGUUUUAGUGUUUGCAGACAGGGCUGGAAUGGGAAAGAAAUUCGUCCAGGCAUUUUUGAAUCACAGCGGACAACUGAGAAGGGGGCAGUGCCAGAUAGGGGGGUCUUUUGUCAUCGCCAAUGACAAGCAUGCCCCCUCUCAAAGUGAGCAUGUUGGUUCAAUACUCUUCGAGGGAAGUCCAUACACUGAGCCUUGCUGAAGUGCUCUUGCAUGAGAAAAAGGCCCUGUAUUUGUUCUACACAGCACAAGCAAAUUUACUAAAAUGCUUGCGCUGUGUUUGCUUGUGACUUGUCUCUGGUGUCUCCAUAUGUGGGAUACCAGAGGACAAAAGGGCCAGGAAAGAGUAUUGUGCAUGUGUUUGGAGCCUGCUUGUAGGAUUGUGUGUGUGUAAAGUGCUCUGAUUGUGGUGUGAUAGUUUGUUUAAAUGUCGGUUCAAGUUGUGUUAUGUUUCUGGUGUAAUAUGUAUGGCUAGGGCUGUAGACUGAGAGAGUAUGUGUGUAUAGGGGAUGUAGCGAGUGUGUGCAUAGGAGCUGUAGUGCAUAUGCUUAUAGAUGAUUUAGUGUGUGGGAUGUAGUGUCUGGGAUGUAAAGUGUGUGUUUAGGGAAUGUAAUGUGUGUUUGCUUACAGGGGAUCUAGUGUAGGCAUAGGGGAUUCAUAAUGUGUAUGCCACGAAUAUAUUGUGUGUAGUAGAUCUAGUGUGUGUGUUAAGGACCCAGAGUGUGUAAAAGAGAUUUAGUGUGUGUGUGUAUAGUGGAUCCAGAGUUGUAUAAAGGAUCUAGUGUGUGUGUCUAGAAUGUAAUGUUUGAUGGGUGCAGUGUGUGUGUGAGGGGUGCAGGGUGUGUGUGUGUGUUUGUGUGAAGACUUCAGUGUGUGUGGGAAAAGUGUAGUGUGUAUGUGUAUGUGUAAAAAGUACAGUGUGUGUGAAAGGUGCAGUGUGUGUGUGUGUGAAGGAUGCAGUGUGUGUAUGUGAGGGAUGCAGUGUGGCAGUGUGUGUGUGUGUGUGUGUGAGGGGUACAGUGUGUGGAUGUGUGUGAAGGGUGUGUGUGAAGUUAGUGUGUGUGGUGUGCAGUGGGGGGGCAAUUAAAGUAAUACAUAAAUAUAUAUUUUAUUUCUUUUUUAUUUAAAAAAAAAUCUAUACUUUAUUUCCCCCCUCCCUUCUUACCUUUGCCUCGGAGGGGGGACAUGGAGGUUAAUCCUUGAAUCCCUGGUGGUCGUAGUGGUGAGGUGAACUCCUGGGGAGGCCCUGUGAUUUCCCCUGUCUGCCUCGGCCCAUGGCCAUCUCGGCCCACAAGCAUUUGCCCAGUCCGGGCCUGCUUGCAGAUUAAAAAAAUCACUAAAGUGAUCCAAGGACAUAAAGUCAGUGGAGCACAGCAAAAGUCCUCUGGGUAUGCAAACACAUAUACAAUAGAUUAAAACCACAUUUUAUUAUUAUAGAACAUAAGUAGCACAGAAAAAAUAAUUAUUAACCUAAAUAAGUCCCAACACGUCAAAAUUGUUGAGGCCUGUAGCCAAAAUGGGGUUAUGGGUUCACAGGUGUUAGAUGGUUGCUAAAUAAUGAGCAAUAAUACAGUCUAGUGAAUGAUUACAGCUAGCUCUAAACCCCAAGCACUAAGUCUCCUAUUGAAUAAACAGGAGUAUCCUUACUUGGUAGGUGACAAUCUGCAUGCAAACCGAGCCUGCAAAGCACCCAUAGAUACACUAAAGUAAACUUAAGAAUAGUAAUGCAAUACUUAGUGAAAAGCACAAAACAAUCCAGAUAAUUGACUGAAUGUAAAAAGAUAUAUAUAUUUGUCUUCACCUAAUGUGUAGCUGCAAAGUUCUAUAGGUAAUAAAAGCAUACAAGCCACCUAUAGGUAUACUGUGGUUAAUAUAGAGAGCUAAUUAUAGUGCUAUGUAGUGAGCUUAUAGUAGUCAUAGAUUCUAACUGACUGUCGCUCCACACUUCCUAAUAAAAAUAUCAGCAACCCUUAAUAGUUAGCCUGUAAAAGAACCCUACAGUUUCCUCAACUUCAAUAGCCAUUCCUAUAGCCAUUCCUAUAAAUAUGCUACAACAAAUCUCCUAGCCAUCACUCAAAACCCAGUGUAAACAAAAAAUAGUGUCGUGAAAUUUUAAAAUAAAAAAAGAACCAUAAAGCCUAACGCACGUUUCAAAGCUGCUAAAGCGCCUUGUCAAAGGCAAGAACCAGGUGUACUGACCUGUACAGCUAUUUGUACGGUAAGGUGCACUACCGUGAACUCCCACUGCACCCGAUUGGUCCACGGUAGUGCACCUUACCGUACAAAUAGCUGCGCAGGUCAGUACACCUGGUUAUUGCCUUUGACAAGGUGCUUUAGCAGCGUCGAAACGUGCGCUAGGCUUUAUACCUUAAUGGUAGUGUAUUAGGGAUAACAACACAUGAGAAGGAUUUGGGGACUGUUAUAGACAGUAAACUAGGCAACAAAAUGCAAUGUCAACAUGUCAGGUCUACAGCUGCUAAGGUCAGUAAGGUAUUGUCAUGUAUAAGUAGUAGUAUUAUCUGGAUGAGAAUAUCAUUUUGCCACUUUAUAAAUCAAUGUUAAGACAACACCUUGAAUAUGCUGUGCAACUGUACUAAAGAAGGAUAUUAUGGCACUAAAAGUGCAGAGACAGGCUACCAAAUUGAUAAAAGGAAUGGAGCAUUUUAGUAAUGAAGAAAGGUUAACAAAUUUAACUCUUUAGUUUGGAAAAAUUGUGCCUCAGAGGUAAUAUGAUAGCAUAAUACAAAUAUAUUAGGGGCCAAUACAAAACAUUGUCUAGAAAUCUGUCCAUAAAAGGUCACACACAACAGUUUGUGUGUGUGUAUUCAGCAGUGUUUGUAUUUAGCAGCCUGUGUGUAUUCAGCAGCCUGUGUGUACUUAUUCAGCAGUCUGUGUGUAUUUUUGUGUGUGUGUGUGUGUGUACUCAGCGGACUGUGUGCAUGCACUCAACGGACUGUGUGCAUGUAUUCAGUGGACUGUGUGUAUGUAUUCAGCAGACUGUAUGUGUAUAUUUAGCUGUCUGUGUGUGUAUUCAGCAGUCGGUGUGUGUAUUCAGCAGUCAGUGUGUGUAUUCAGCAGUCGGUGUGUGUAUUCAGCAGUCAGUGUGUGUAUUCAGCAGUCAGUGUGUGUAUUCAGCAGUCGGUGUGUGAAUGUGUUCAGCAGUCUGUGACUGUAUUCAGCAGUCUGUGUGUAUGUAUUGCAUUUGUUGGAGAUACUAAUAAAUAUAAGCUUAAUUUUAUCUAUUUAUAUCAUUAUUUAAAAUUUGUAUCAUUGAACUCUCUGUUGUUGUGUUCUUCUUUUAAAACAAUAGAUGUUAAUUAGUUCGGACAACAGUACGAGUUGUUUUUUCUAAACUUAAACCUCAGUAUUCAGGUUUAAUUGCCAAGUUGGCACUUUGAGGAAAGAAAAGUUGGCAUGUAUUGCGGUUUGGGCACUCAGGCUCAAAAAGGUUUGGCAUCACUGCCCUAGGUGAUAAUACCUGCCUCUAUGUCAUUACCCAAAAUUAUUCUUGGUUUUAUUCUUCUUUUACUCUUUCCUCUAAUAUAGGACUGCACAUUUUCCAGAAUUAAUAGCCGAAUAGGCCAUAUAUUCCAUUUGACAUAUAUUAUAAAGCAUUUUUAGUAAACCUUGCAUUGAAGGAACUACAGUGCUCUUCCAGUUUUUAGCAAUAAUGGUCUUAACAGUCUCAACAGUCAAAAGAAAAAGGAUAUCAAUCUUUUAGUUUGUAAGGGAAUUGUUGUUGGGUAGUUAUUUAACAGUGCUACCUCUAAGGAAAAGGAAAUGCAGACCUGAAGGCUUGAUUCAAUAAGAUUACAUAUUUUCCUCCACACCUGAAAAUUGUUUGGCAAUCGCACCAUGUAUGGGACAGUGAGCCAAUCUCACCACAUUCUCACCAACAGCAAUUGAGACACAUAUGCUGUAAUCGGACAGGGGUUACGUACCAUCUUGUAAGAAGUUUGUAUGAUAAUUCUAUAUGGCUUGUACAUCUUGAGAUUUUUGCAGUGAAUCUUAACAAAAACAUCAAACCCUGGAACAGCCAUACUAGCAAGACGCACAUUACUGCAGCUCCGAGCAAAACGGCACCAAAAAGGCAAAAACAAACACAAAUAACAACUAAAAAGCAGAACCCUCCACAGCCGGAGACUUCCCACAUACCAUGGGACGUAAAAAUAAGAAAUGCAAGCCAGAUCGACCUCCAUCCACGGCCGAUAUCGUCGAUUUGCUGUGGAGGCCACACUCCUCACAGAGGCCUGUCAUGGCGCCGCUAUCGGAUGCCCCAUCACGCACUACUAGUGAAGAAUCCCUGUACGGAGGGACGCCCUUUGAGGCCCAGCUCCCCAACAAGGUGCAGCAAUCACCGCAGACAAUACCGGCCAAGCCCCCGGUCACAGAGGAAUCCCUGCGGGGCAUGCUGGCUGAACUUCGCGGCAACAUUGCAGCCAACAUAGGACAGUUCAGGGAGGAGGUGAACGGGUUCGCAGCCCGUCUCCGCAACUCAGAGCGCACAACAGAAGCGCACGAGACCCGCAUCGCGACCCUGGAGCAGUCGUUGACCAAACUGCAUCACUCACAAACACGCUCCAAGGAACACAUGGCAGCUCUCGAGGACAAGCGGAGAUGGAAGAAUGUCAAGGUCCACGGCCUACCCGAUACCAUGGAGAUGGCAGAGUUCCCACACUUCAUCCACAGACUGCUUACUAAGCUUUUCUCCGCCAAACAAGCCAAGGCUAUGACACUAGCCGGAUGGCACUGUAUAACGGGACCCGCUACAGGAAUACAACGACCAACCAGAGACAUAAUCCUCCGGUUCCAACAGGGGCAAGACCGCACAGCCUUUAUGGCGGCAGUCCGCCACAUAACACCAUUACGAUUUGAGGAUCACGAUCUCUCCUUCUACCCGGACUUAUCUAAGGCCACCAUGGAAUGGCGAAGAUCUCUGCGUCCACUCACUCAGGCACUAGCGGCAAGCAAAACACCAUACAAAUGGGGUUCACCUCGCUGCCUACUCAUUACCCGGGAAACGGGAAUGGUGAAAGUCCGGGAGGCCUCUGAAAUACCGAUCAUCCUGCUCCAAAUGGGAGUGACCGCGACAGCCGCUGAGACCGCAACCCAAACGACACCGACAUCCUGGGACCCAGAGAGGGUCACGCCAUUCAUACCAGCGGCCCACAGAGGGAGUCCUGCAACUAAGCCGGUGCGCUGAAGACGCGAAGACCUCCCAGCGGGUUACAAACCGCACAGGACUUCACAGUUUUUGCUUUAUGUUUCUUAACAGUUUUUGCUUUAUGUUUCAAACCGCACAGGACUUAACAGUUUUUGCUUUAUGUUUCUGGUUAUUAUGACCUAUAGCUCCGAGCAGGUGAAGGUGCUUUAACAAUGCCUGACAGGCACCCUUCACAGUUACGACUGCGAAUCUCCCCAAAUGCCCUUAUCUCCCCUCCCCCCCACUGACCCAUAACAAGAUACCGCAUAUAGCACUACCUUUUCAGUGGGAUCGUUAGCCCCCUACACACACACUCCCCCUGGGGGACAGACUACAGGCUACACCCCUUCCAAGCAACCUUCUCUGACGUGCAUCCUCAAUUUCAAAGGGUAUAAGAAGCAACACUUUACUUUUACUACACUCAUGACAGUACUAACUACACUACUAUAAAAUUUAUAAAAUGUGCUACCCUACAGUCACAAUGUUAUCUGUUAUGUUCAUUAACAUGUCUUUUAUUGCAGUUGUGGCGAGAUCUGUUGUACUGUUAUAACUGCACGUCCAAAAUAAAGAAUAAAAAAAAAAAACAUCAAAUCCUAGUCAGAAAUGAAACGACUUAACUCCUUUUCCCAUCCUGAUUUAAAGGAAAGUUUCUCUGAAUAUAUUAAGGGUUGAUUGCAUACCGAGACGGAUUUACCCCUUUUAGGAGCAUUUUUCAAUAAAUUAGAAAAAAGGCAUCUGCAGCUGAUCCUCUAGAUAACAUUCGGGAGGCCAGACAGUGCUGAAUCCUUAAAUAUUUAUAAAAAUGAUGAUGUGAGAUACUAUAUUGUGACUGUAAGGAGAAAAGGGGCAAGAUGGCAUUUCCUCUUAGUAUAUAAUCAAUAGUUUCCACCCCAGCAAUCACCUAGCCUGAGAUACCUAGAUCAGGAACAAUUAUUUGUAAAGUUGCUAUUAGAGCAUAUUGCGAGAUUGGUUGAAGUUGAGGUAUGUAUUUAUACAUUUCAACUUGUGUUGUUAGUAGUGCUUGUUAGUAAUUUAAAACUGAUUGAAUAUAGAUAAAAACCUGGCUUAACUCAAGUGCUGAAUGAACUUCGCUCCCGAUCCAUUCCAUGCAUAUGUUGUCCUUGCACAUCAUCGGAUUCGGUCUCUCCUCGUCUGCAAUGUGAAGAAGGUAAUUAUGUCACUUAUGACAAGUCCCACUUUUGUCACAGAAUUGAGAUGUAGCAGUCUGAAACAGAGGGCUGGACUGCCAAAGUCAUGUGUGACAAGAAUGCAACUUGCCCCUGGCACAAAAGUAAAUAUAACUCUGGAAUAUCUCUGUGUUUGUGUUAGCUUAAUAAAGGCUCCUGUGGGAGCUGAAAUGUAUGGUUUUCCAAUAAAUUCUGCCUUCAUACCACCUGUAUUUGCCCGGUCCAACUUUCUUGCUGAUUAUCGUAUAAAUCUUAAAGUGCUGCAGAAUUAGUUGGCUUUAUAUAAAUGAUGAUGAUAAAGCAUGUUCUGAUUUUUCUCCACAGAAAAGCAUACAAACUAACAAACAAACAAACAAACACGUCAUUACAUAUCCUUUCUAAAAUGCCAGACCCAAUUUAGUCUUAUCUCCCUCAUGCAAAUUGAUCAAGUGCACGUGUAAAUUGUACUGGCUUUUCAUAUUUCUUUGGUGUCAUGGAUAUAGAUGAAACCAAAGGGGAAAAUAUCUCUAUGAGUCCCAAUGAAUAAGUAAGCUGGUCCCUGUGUAGGCAAUAACAAUGAGUCAGAAGAAUGAACACGCUGGAAACUGUAAAUGUGCAUUGGGUCAUCAUAUUAGUGGUAGAUUGUAUAGAAAUCAAAUAACUAUUUAUAUUUUUAAAUUGAAAAUGAAACAAGCAAUAAUUGUCUAAUAUCAUCUUGUAUUUUAUUAUUGCCAUUUAGAUCGUCCAAAAAUUCGUCUUCCAAGAUACCUGCGCCAAGUAUUUAUUAAGCACGUUGGAGACACAGUGAAUCUUGUGAUUCCAUUUCAGGUAAUGAGUUUAAGCAAUGUAAUUCCAAAAAUGGUUUAUACUGAUAUAAUUUUAUUUGCUCCUGGAAUGUUUCUUGUAAAAAUAUUUGAAAGUCACAUUACUUAAAAGAACACUAUAGUCACCUAGAUCAGUUAAUUUAAUUGAAGUGGUCUGGGUACAGUAUCCCUGUCCACUUAACCCUGCAAUGUAAAACAUUUUAGGUUUUGAGAAACUAAACUGCAAUGACAACAUUAAGGUUGACAUUAAGUCACGUGAUGCAAAAGCCCAAAAGGAAAGCAUUUAUUCAUCAGUUUCCUACAGGAAAGUAUGAAUGUGCACAUGGCCUCUAUGAGGAGCACAGGAUUAACCCCUUGAGGACAGCGGACGUAUGAGGUACGUCCGACAAAAACGGUCCUUAAGGACCGCGAACGUACCUCAUACGUCUGCUGUAAAUUUAAGCUCUGGAAGGGUAUAAUACGAUGCUUCGAUAUCAAGGAAUCGUAGAAUACUGACAGACAGUCCCCCUGCUGGUGAAAAAGUAAAAAAAAAGUUUAAAUAAAAAAAAAAAAAUGUAAAUAAUAAAUUAACAAAUAUAUAUAUAUAUAUAUAUAUAUAUACAUAUAUUAUAUAUAUAUAUAUAUAUAUAUAUAUAGUAUGUAUAUAUAUCUUAUACAUAACGUCAUACUAAGUGUAUUUUUUUAUUCAUAUAUACAUAUAUUACUACAAAAAUACACUUAGAGUAAAAUUACACACUUUUAUAUAUAUAUAUAUAAUAUGUAUAAUAACUAUAUAUAUUAUAAAAAUAAAUAAUUAAUAAAAAAUAAACUGUAACAAUAUUUUGUAAUUAUAUAUAUAUAUAUGUAAUUUUAUUCUAACUGUAUUUUGAUAUUAAUAUACAUAUUUAUAUCAAAAUAAACUUAGAAUGAAAUUAUAUAUAUGUAUAUAUAUAUAUAUCUAUGUAUAUCCCCUUAAAGGAACACUAUAGUCACCUAAAUUACUUUAGCUAAAUAAAGCAGUUUUAGUGUAUAGAUCAUUCCCCUGCAAUGUCACUGCUCAAUUCACUGUCAUUUAGGAGUUAAAUCACUUUGUUUCUGUUUAUGCAGCCCUAGCCACACCUCCCCUGGCUAUGAUUGACAGAGCCUGCAUGAAAAAAAAAAAACUGGUUUCACUUUCAAACAGAUGUAAUUUACCUUAAAUAAUUGUAUCUCAAUCUCUAAAUUGAACUUUAAUCACAUACAGGAGGCUCUUGCAGGGUCUAGCAAGCUAUUAACAUAGCAGGGGAUAAGAAAAUCUUAAUUAAACAGAACUUGCAAUAAAGAAAGCCUAAAUAGGGCUCUCUUUACAGGAAGUGUUUAUAGAAGGCUGUGCAAGUCACAUGCAGGGAGGUGUGACUAGGGUUCAUAAACAAAGGGAUUUAACUCCUAAAUGGCAGAGGAUUGAGCAGUGAGGCUGCAGGGGCAUGUUCUAUACACCAAAACUGCUUCAUUAAGCUAAAGUUGUUCAGGUGACUAUAGUGUCCCUUUAAUGACAAAAAAACGGUAGUUAAGGACCGCUGGCUUACCUAGUAUGUCCGCGGCAAAUAGGAGCCCUGGACUUACCUGGACCGGCGAUCUGUGGCGAUCACGGUCUGGGGUAACUGCCGGAGACCCCAGCAGUCUCCCUGCAGCAACUCCACCCUGGGCCAUGAUCACAUCGCCACAAUAGGACUCUAGGAGCUGCCAGCAGGGGGACUGUCUGAUCUAUCAGACAGUCCCCCAGGCUGCUAAAAAGUAAAAAAUAAAAAUAAUGAAAUAAAUAUAUUAUACAUAUAAAGGUGGUCCUCAUUUAGCAACCUACCUGUUUUAUGACGGCUCGCACUUACGACCAGGCGUAUGUGGGAGCCGUCGUGGGGAUAUUAUCCAUAUAUAGGAAAUAAAAGUGUGUGUGUGUUUAUAAAGGUGUGUAUACAUAUAUAAUAUACACACACAUGUUAUACACACACAUAUAUAUAAUAUAAAUUGAAAUUUUUUUUAUAAAAAAACAAAUAAAAAUACUAACUUUGGCCAGCAUUUGUGACUAAGUGGCUACUACUAAAGACUGGACAUACCCCAUUUCGAAUUCCGUGGGUUGUCUACUUUUACAAAUGGUAUGCCAUGAUGGGGUUCAUUUUUAUUCCUAGGCUGCACUACGGUCUCAAAGGCAACAUAGGCCCAGCAAACCAAUCUGGCAAAUUUCAAUGUGCAAACAUGGAAAAGGGGAAAGCCCUACAUUUUACCCCUGUAAGUUUGCAAAAACCCAUAAAACCUGUACAUUGAGGGCACUGUUGUACUCGGGAGAUGUUGGUGAACACAUAUUGGGGUGUUUUUUGUCAGUAACACAUAAGAGGAACUGAGAAUCCAUGCCUAAAGUACAAUGUGAGAGAAAAAUAACACAAAAAAAUGACUAUCCAAAAGUUUGACAAAGACUGGUGGUACAAUUAGUGCAUGGAAAGUGUUAAAAUACCACCAUUUGAAAUACCCGAGGGUGUCUACUUUUCAAAAAUAUAUGGUUUGAUGGGGGUAAAUUAUAUUGGCCGGCUUCAAAAAUGUCCCAAAUAGGAAAUGGGUGCAUGAUGACCAGCUGUGAAAAUUCCAAGUUGGAAAACUGGAAUGCGCAUCCUCCAAAUAAGGUCUUCUAGACCCCAGAGAACCUGACACACCUCCACAGAUGUUGCUGAUCACAUAUUGGGGUGAUCUUUGGCAGUUACCCUUAAAGUUCUCUGUACAUGUAUUCUUAAAUUGCUAUGUGUGUCAAAAAAAAAUCACCAAUUAUUAUUAUUUUUUUAAAUUUGGCAUAGAUUGGUGGUAAAAUGAUUGCAUGAAAAGAGUCAAAAUACCCCAAGUUUAAUACUUUAGGUUGUCUUCUUUUAAAAAAAUAUAUACAUGUGAAGGGUUAUUCAGGGAUUCCUGAAAGUGAGUGUGUGUGUGUCUAUCUGUGUGUGAGUGUUUCUUGAUGUGUGUGUGAGUGUGUGUAUUGGUGUAUGUGUCUGUAAGUGUGUGAAGAUGUGUAUCUAGAAGAUAUUAAGGAGUGGAGGGGUUGGGCCUUGGUCUGCCAAUUAACCCUCUUCCCCAAUAUACAACUAACACUUUCAAUUAACCAACCUUCCACAAUUCACAUCCCAACCUUAUACUGUCCAUACUAAAACCAAUAACAAAACGCUCAUAUGCACCGUGUCAAAUAUAUGUAUCCAAAGCAGUAAAUCAUGGCAGCAAUUGAUUGAAAAAUAGCAGCUAAAUUACUUUUUAGUUUUAGUUUAUAUAACACUGGUUUUAUUUUCCUGGUUUUCUAGGGAAAACCAAAACCACAGGCAAUUUGGACUAAAGAUGGACAACCACUGGAUCCCAAGCAUUCUAGUGUCAGAACUAGUGACAGUGACACAAUUCUCUUCAUCAGAAAAUCUGAGAGGAAGGAUUCUGGAAUAUAUGAAUUGACCAUAAAAAUCGACACUUUGGAAGACAAAGCCAAAAUCGAAAUAAAAAUUGCUGGUAAAUAUUUCUGGUGUUUUUUUCCUAUUCUAUUAAAGGAAGAGUCAGCAUUUUAUUAAUGAAUGUAAAACAUCUCCCUGUCCCUACGUAUAUUAUAAAUAUUGAGGUGAACUGCAGUGUCUGUUUAGGAAUUGCCUCAUGGUUAUCGAAAAUAUGUCUAACAUCCCCAUCUAUUGUCUAUAACGCUUUAACCUCAAUAAAGAAGAGAAUGUAAAAAAAAACAAAAAAACUCCUCCCUGUCAGAUAGCUGGGAUAUGCUUCUUCCUGCCAGUUUAGCUCCAUGAAGCUUUCAAAUGCAUUAAUCAAACAGAGAAACACGUUUACCUUAUAGUUUCCAGUGAAACUGUAUAAUUAUACAUACUUAUUUAUUUUCAAUUAAAUAAAUUUAUCAGCUAAAUGUCUAGCUAGAAAUAAAAUGGAUUAAGUAACAAACAAGAAAUUAGCGUUAUAUACACUAACACUUGCAUUUCACUGUUAGUAUAAUGCAAACUAUAUUUAUUUUUCAUUUUACUGACUUUUUUUUUCUUCUAAGAACGACCUGGUCCUCCAAAGAGCAUUAAAUUGCUAGACGUAUGGGGAUUUAAUGCAGCACUUGAAUGGACUCCACCAGGUGAUGAUGGUAAUGCGGAGAUAACAGGUUAUACUGUUCAGAAAGCAGAUAAGAAGACCGGGGUAAGUAUAGGAAGUCCAUUCUUGUUUAUUAGUUAAUGAAUAUUUUCUCUAAUAUUUUACAUUUUCAAUUUACGUGCUGCUGAUGAAUGAUGUUUUUCACUGUCUUGAUACCUUAUAUAAGUCAGUCUGCUGCAAAGCCUAGGGACAGCUUACAGGUGGUCGGUGACCUUCUUCAUGGUCCUCCUCCUCUCUACAGAGCAGAGGUCCAAACUUCAGCUGCUGUGACUUCGCCCCUUAUAUGACACAGCGUGUGUGUGCCUAUGUCAUGACGCUGAUUACAUCACAGCUUACCAAAAUGAAAAAAUUCUAACUUUUUGGGGGAGUGGCUAUUGAGUUUGUGCCAGACUAUAAAUUGUUUGCUAGGGCUCAGGUCCUUGCCCUCUUGAAGUUCUGUUUUUGUUCCCAAUGGCACGUUAUAUACGUCUCAUUGUAUUUCUGGUUUUGAUCUUAGCUAUUACUGACUAUUGUCCUAUCUAUACGUCUUGAUUAGGCUAUUAUAACUCACUAGUCCAGAUUUCUACGUGUUGGGUCUUGCAGUAUUCCUGACAGGUCCAAGUUCACAAGAAUAUAUAUAAUAUGUAAUGGAUCUUUUUGCUCUUAUUGAUAAGCUUAGUUUUUGGUUUUCCCCUUAGGAAUGGUUUACUGUUCAUGAACAUCACCACCAAACUAACUGUACUAUAUCUGACUUGAUCAUUGGUAAUUCCUAUUAUUUCCGCGUGUUCUCUGAAAACCUGUGUGGAUUAAGUGAGAAAGCUGCUGUGACUAAAGAUUUUGCCGUCAUUAAGAAACAAGGUCAGUUACUUAUUUUUAAAUUAAAUUAAUAAAAGGUUUACAUAUUAAAAUGUGUGUUUUUGCUAGUUCAAAGUUUAUUUGAAGUGAUUAUCACAUUUUAAGCAUAAAUAGGCAAGUUGGAAAUUUUCUCCAAGUUAACUUUAAAGGAUAUGCAUAACUUUGAGACAACUAUCUAAUUCAAAAUUUUUAGCUUGAAUGAUAUAGUUGCCUCAAUCUGCACGUUGAAAAAAGCAAUUAAAUUUGUUUGUUUUUUUAUAUUUACCUGCUUCUUCUUUCCUAUGCUUUCCACACCCACUCCAGGGUUGACACUGAUCUAACCAAUCAGUGUCCUAUCCCUAGGAAUGCUGGAAAAGUGCCUGAAAGAUUUGUGCAGUUGAAAGAUUUCUUGUAACGUCCUGACAGAGGGAGAAGAGAAGGAGUCUGAUCUGUGUGUUCAUGCAGAGGAGGCUCCAGUGUUGGGUCUCUCUCUCAUGCUGCUGCACAAUGAUGCCCUGUUUCUGUCAUUAGUGGACUUGUAUGAAAUUGAAAUGGGUGGGUAAAAGGAGAAUGGGUGACUAUAGAAACUCCCCUAAAUUGCAAUCUUAUAAAGUUUAUAGCAAGUUUCUAAACAUUUAUUACAUACUUAAAAAAAAUAAAAAAAUUCUUGCUUUAUUUUGUUUAAAUAUUUGUUUAAAAGUUUGUUUGCUGGUUUAAAAAAUAAUUAUUUAGUGAUAUUUAAUUUAAUAUUCUGUUUAUAGUAAAUUCUAUCCUUUACAACUCCAUGCUUGUUCAUUUUAAUACGUUAAAAUAAAAACAGAUAUUCACUGUGUUAGAAGAGUUUACUUGUAACAUUAAACCACAAAUUGAAAUUCAAAAACUCAAUAUGUGUAUUUUAUUUACAGGAUCUACUUACACCCCCCCAGAAUAUAAAGAACGUGAACUUACCGAAGCCCCCAAAUUUACUCAAGCUCUCAAUGAUAGAACAACCACCCAUGGAUACAGUACUAAACUAUACUGUUGUGUGCGUGGCAGUCCUAAGGUAAGAAAUUUAAUUGCAUUAUUGAUACAAUAUCCAGGGGGCUGCGUUCUCACUUUGUCUAGUCGACGACUUUGCCUAGUUUCUCUUUUUUUUUUGCGUUAUUGGUACAAUCCUUGCUAUUUCAAGGGCCAUGUAGCAAAAUUCAUAUUUAGAAUACUCAAUAGAGCAGAGUUAAAAGUUUGUUUUUCGAGCUCCCAACUAUCAAACUUUAAGUGAGACCGUCCCUAUUUUAGGUCAUGUCCUGCCAUCCCGAUUUAGUUCUCUGGUAUCCCCCACCAGGGCCUCAAGAGCCACCUGCAUCUUGAUCCUACAUAUCCCAAUGCAGGUGUAUAGUUCCUAUAAAACAGCUAACCCACUGAUGAAUAUUAAUCAUUAAUUGAACCAACAUAUCCAAAAAAAGAUGCAAAAUAGAAAAAUUAAAGAGGACCGCACAUACAGAAAAUCUGCUGACACUCCCACCCAACUGAUGAUGUUCAAAAUUGGAUAAAACAAUUCUUGCUAAACUGGAAUGAAAACAUAUGCUUUAGCAAUAUCAAAAAAAUACUAUAAGUACCCCUUCAAGGGGCAUAAAAAAUUUCAAAAAUUGUUCGAUCCUUUACUGUGGGAUUCCACAAGAGAGCUAAAUAGAAUGUGACGGCAGAUAGGAACCAUUUGGCCCAUCUAGUCUGCCCAAUUUAAGACUACGUCCUCUUGUUGUGGUAGUUUUUCUUCUUUUAAAUAUAGUCUCCUCCUUAACUGUGUUGAUUUCCUUUAUGUAUUUAAAUGCUUCCAUCAUAUCCCCCCCUGUCUCGACCCCUGUCUAUAACCACUUCAGCGCACUAUAUUGGUAGUGGUGUGUAGUGUGCUUUUCUGUGACAUGAACUAUAGUGAGCUGUACUGGAUAUUGUUAAUAUAGUGCCCCUAUAACGGAAAAAUAACACAUAUAUGGGUUUAAAAAUGGAUGAAUCAGCUAUACAUUCACUGUAUCAUUAGAUUUGUAGUACUAUUUUUAUUUUUAGUAUUUCUUCUUUUACUUUCUGUUAUCAUUUACACCAGAAAUCCCAAGAGUAACAUGCCUUCAUGCCUUUUUCUAAUACAUUAUCACAUUAAAGUUAAGUGUGAAUAUCUAUUGGGCCUGAUGUUGUAAAACAUUUUUUUUUUCCUAGCCGAAAAUUGUGUGGAUGAAAAAUCAAAUGAUAAUUGGAGAAGACCCUAAAUAUAGAUGUCUUGUUAACCAUGGAGUCUGUACACUGGAAAUCCGAAAGCCUGGGGCUUUUGAUGGUGGUGUGUACACCUGCAAAGCCAUUAAUUCUCUAGGAGAAGCAGCUGUCGACUGCAGACUUGAUAUUAGAGGUAAACUUCAUGCUAUUGUAUUCAAAAAUAUAAUACCUGACAGUAUAACUAGCCCACUAGUAUAUAGAAUAUAUAACAAUUAUAAUUUAAUACAAUUUUAGAAACAUACAAACCAGUUACUUAAAAGAUGUUGGGCUAUAUAACAUGUUUUUGCUAACUUAAAGGGGAACUCAAUUCAUUUUAAAGACUGCAUUUGUGUGCAGUUGCAUUACAUUCAGGUUAUUUUGCAGCUGGUUUCUAUCUAUCUAAUUCAAGUGCCCUGUAUAUAGAAUUUCUUUACUGUAUUUAAAGGGAUAUUAUAGUCACCAGAAACACUGCAGCUUAAUGUGAUGGUUUUGGUGUCUACAGCAUGUCCCUGCAGGCUUUUAAAUUUAAACACUGCCUUUUCUGAGAUAAAGCAAUGUCUACAUUACUGCCUAAUAACACCUCAACGUCCACUGUAGGUGUUUCCUAUGUCAAUGCUGCACAGUGUGCAGUACCUACGUUCAGCAUCUCCACGCUCUGGAAGUAGACGCUGAAUGCACUAAAUCUAUAAGGAGAUGUUAAUUGGCUCAGCACAUGGCGCAUGCACAGUAGCCUACCAAAGCUUAGCUAUGGGAACUGGUUUCAACAAUCUUAACUGAAAUAUAGUUCCCAAACCAUGUCAGAUCAUAAACUAAUGUGCAUUCAUUUGGUGACUCAUUGUGCACCUUCACACAGAGUCUGUGUCAUCAGAAAAAUACUGCUAUAUUCAUUCUGCUGCUUUCUGUGAUAUUUCUUAAAACAGUUCUUUUUUUAGGAUUUGCCAAUAGUGAUUCACCAUAUGCCUAUUAUUUUACAUGUUACUUUUGAUCUGCCUAGUCUUAUCAUUGUGACAUUUGGUACCUCAAAUGUCACAAUUGCUAUUGUUAUUUCUGAUAAACCCUUUUGUGACACUAAGUGCUCUUCUAUCUGUUUUCUCUGUUCUUGUCCUGUGCUCAUUUCCUUGUUUAUAUUUUUAUGCUUGAGCUGUUCUUCUUUGAUUUUUAUUAUUGACUAAUAAUUAAGUUAUUAUGCUAAUGUAUUGUAUUGCUCGUAACUCUGUUAUGUUAAAGUUGCACUGUCACGUCUCUGGAGUUUACACAAUUGGAUGAAACAUUGAAAAUCAUCUAUACCUUGUUUUGAAUUUUUUUCAUCAUCCUCAGAUUUAUUUUAAAUUGAUAUUAAAUAUCUAGCAAAUUACAUAAUUCUCAUAGAUUGUCAAAGACCAACUGUUUUUUCAUGUAUUACCCCAAAAAUACACACUAGGGUUUAUUUUCAGGGGAUGUCUUAUUUUUAUAUAUUACAGGUGGUCCUCGCUUACUGACCAGGUUCCGUUCUUAUGACACAGACGUAAGUGAGGAUGCACUAGCAAGCAUGUGCAAGAAAGCAGGUCUACGUUUGGGGGAAUUCCCCCAAACAUAGGCCAGUUCACUAGCGCAUGGAAUCCUGCGAAUGUAUGUUUGGGGAAACUUCCCAGAGCAUAGAUUAGUUUAGUAACACAUGGAAUCCCGCAAAUCUAUGUUGAGGGAAGGAAACUUCCCCGAAAAUAGAUUAGCUUACUAGCGCAUGGAAACCCGCAGAUCUAUGUUUGGGGAAACUUACUUGAACAAAGAUUUGCUUACUAGCAACAAUCUCAACGAGGGCCUAAUUUCGGGAUUGGGCUUAUAUUACGAGUAUCCCCUGAAAAUAAGCUAAGGAUUAUUUUCGGUGGAUGUCUUAUUUUCAGAGAGGUAGAUACAGAGGUAGUCGUCAGUUAGGCGACUUUUGGUAGACAGCCACUAGAGGUGGAGUUAACCCUCAAAAGGUAAUUAUUGCAUCAUAUUAAAACUGCAAUAAUUACUUUUGCAGGGUUAAGGUACUUGGGGCACUGCACCCAGACCACUUCAAUGAGCGGAAGUGGUCUGGGUGUUUUAACACCUACAAUGUCAGCCUAAGUCUGUUUUUUUUUUUUUUUUAAAGACUUGAUACAGGAUGCAUUUAAUAAGGCACUGCUGCACACCAAGUUAGUGGAACAAAGUUAGUCUUUAUUAGAUCAAUAAAUAAUUAAAAGAAAAAAAUAAUGUAGAAAGUAAGUAUGGAAAUAAAAUAGCUUUUAAGUCUAAAUAGAGUCAAAUGUUGUUGGGCUAUAUGGUAAGCGUUUUCCUUUUAAUCUAUAAUAGGAUAGCGGAGUAUGCCAAUGUUUUGCCAGGUGGACUUUUCUCAAGGGAUCUAGCAUCAGAGGAAAAAAAUAAUGUAGAAAGCAAGUAUUGAAAUAAAAGAGCUUUUAAGUCUAAAUAGAGUCAAAUGCAGUUGGACUAUAUUGUAAGGGUUUUUCUUUUACUCUAUAAUAGCAUAGCGGAGUAUCCUAAUGUUUUGCCAGAUGGACUUUUCUCAAGGGAUCUAGCAUCAGAGGGAAAAAAUAAUAAUUUAAAUAGCACCCAAAACAAAAAAAAAAGAAUAGGCAGCAAAACAAGUCCCCUGGUCCAAGGGAUGUGUGGACAAUCACGGUAACAGAUCUUAGCAGAUUCCAAAAGUCCUGUUGUGACACCCACAUGCAGAAAUGAUGUGCAUACGGCAAAAAGGAGAAAGAUAUAUAUAUAUAAAAAAAAAAAACGAAUAAAUCCCUUGAGAGAAGUUCUAAAGGGGUUAUGAUUAACCAACCAUAUAAAAAAUGAGUAUACAGUAUCAAGGAAAAGAUUCUAGUAAGCUGAGCAUGAGUUUUCACUUGCUUGCAUCUGCAACUGGGAAUUGCCAACAAUGAAAGGCAGACCCAGGGCCCUCAAUGGCGAACCAUUAGAAAAAAAAAGUCCUAAAUGCAGUACAAUUUAUAGAGGGAGAUAAAUGUUGUCCUAAAGGUGCCUUCCCAGGCACCAAAUGAGGUACCAGGGCAUGAAUGCUGAAGAGGGCAUAGAAAUAUAAUACAAAUAAAGAAAAAUUUAAAUAAUGUUGCAUGGUCCCUAUAAUGGGAAUAUUCACAUGGACCUAAAUAAUAUAAAAGAUGAAAAGGAAUGAAAGAUAACAGCAAAAAUCACUAAAUCUAAGUCCCAUCAUAAAGAAAAAUCACAUUAGUAUUCCAUAAUACUCAGUACGCAUCAAUACGUUUUAAAGAAACCAAAAUAAAGUAAUACUCAGUUCCUAUAUAAUAUAUAAAACUGUUUGAUAAUGUAUACAGUAGUGGAAUAAAAUUUACUACAUAAUAAUUGUUAGAGAAAACCCAUCUAUUAUGUAAAGUUCAAAGUUCUCAAUACCAGAAAUCAUACAGGAUAAAUACGUGUUCCAUAUCAGGAACAUGAUUCAAGAGCACCAACAUUAAUGGUCCAAAGAAUCUGGGAGUGUAAUGGAGAAAACAAGGUUUGACAAGAUUGAUGCCAACAGGAAAAAUCAUUAUCUACAUUUAAGCCCCUGAGGCAGUGGUGUAUCCUGGUUUUGUGCUGCCCUAGGCAGGACAAAACUCAGGGGCCCCCCUCCCCCCACGCCACCCCCACCCACCCAACCCUUCCCCCCCACCCCACCUUCUAAAUACACACAUAGUCAGACACACACACACACACACACACACACAGAAACAGUCAGACACACACACAGUCAGACACACACACACAGUCAGACACACACAAACACACACACAGUCAGACACACACACACAGUCAGACACACACAAACACACACACAGUCAGACACACAGUCAGACACACAGUCAGACACACAGUCAGACACACAGUCAGACACACAGUCAGACACACAGUCAGACACACAGUCAGACACACAGUCAGAGACGCACACGGUCAGACACAAACAGUCAGACACACACACACACACACACAGUCCACACACACAGACACACACACACACAGUCAGACACACACACACACACGUCAGACACACACACACACACAGUCAGACACAAACACACACACAGUCAGACACACACACACACAGUCAGACACACACACACAGUCAGACACACACACACACAGUCAGACACACACACACACACAGUCAGACACACACACACACGCAGACACACACAGUCAGACACACACACACAGACACAGUCAGACACACACACACACAGUCAGGCACACACACACACAGUCAGACACACACACAGUCAGACAAACACAGUCAGACACAAACACAGUCAGACACACACACACACACAGUCAGACACAAACACACACAUAAUCAGACACACACAAACACAGUCAGACACACACACACACAGUCAGACACAAACACACACACACACACACAGUCAGACACAAACACAGUCAGACACACACACACAGUCAGACACAAACACAGACACAGUCAGACACAAACACACACACAGUCAGACACACACACACACACACACAAUCACUCACAUUAACACUUUUUUUUUAAUUUAACCCCCCAGCUUCCUAACCUUUGGGAAUGCUGGGGGGGUUCCUUUCUGUCCCUGGGGUCCAGUGGCUGCCGGUCGGGCUAAUGGUCUGGCGGGCGGCUGGCGAGGGAGCACUUCCUCUGAGCGGUCCGCUCAGCUCCCUCGCGCGCCGCAGAGUGAGGCUGGGAGCCGGGUUGAUGAUGUCAUAUUCCGGCUCCCAGCCUCACUCUGUGGCGCGCGAGGGAGCUGAGCAGACCGCUCAGAGGAAGUGCUCCCUCGCUAGCCGCCCACCCGCCCAGCGCCCAGCAUGUCAGUUAGCCGCAAGGCUAACUAGGCAUUUGCCCUGGGCAUUUAGGGGCGGUGUUUUUUGCCGUCCCCUGAAAAAUGCCACCCAAGGCAAAUGCCUUGUUUGCCUCGCGGCUAAAACGUCCCUGCCCUGAGGUAUAGUUGACCAAUUCAUAGAUCUAAUGGAGCUCCCUCUGUUUAAGUUUUUUUUUUUAUUAUUUCUUUAUUAUGGUUUUUUCAUGUUGUAAAAUGCAGUUAGUUGAUAAACAUUGUGAAACUCGCAGGUUUCUUAUACUUGUAGGAGCCUAUUAUACAUUGAGAUAUGCAAAUCUCUGCGUCAACUUCAGUGGUAAGGAGACUCGCAGGUCUCUUAGCAAGGUGUACAUCAUGGUCACGUCAUUCAGAUGCGGGAUUGUAAGUCCCCAAUACCGGUAUCGGGGUGUUUGACUUUGACUUUAGUGGUUUACUUUUCAGUUUUCAGUUAACAAAGUGCAGGAAUGUGUUUCAAUACGCUCUUACAUAAACCUAGGAUUGUAUUUCUGAGUUUUGCUAUCGUCUCAGUCUCGGUGAUUGUCAGUGUGGUCAAUUCUCUCGUGUCAUAGGUCUGCGUGUGGAUCGGGUUUAGGGUCUCAGGGUAUGGGUGGGGCUGGGAGAGGGGUGUGUCGCCCCUCUUUCGGUCUUUGUUACUCCAAAUUGGGCCGUAUCGUCUUUGGCCAGGGUCAGGGCGUUUGUGAGUGUUUUAUUGCGUGGUCUGGCAUUUACCUGUUUGUGUGUGUGGUAGUGGGUUGUCUCAUGUGUCAUGUUUUCGUUUAUUUGGUUGACUUAUUUUUCUUUUCCUGCUAUGGUUGUGAGGUAAUGGAGCUGUGGUCAAGGCUAAUUAGGAGGUCACAGGGUACGCCUCCAUGGGUGAGUUGCCCCCUCUCCUCCCCGUCCGAGCCCCGAGGCAGGUCAGGGUAGUGUAGGGAAAGAAGAAGAGAGAGAGAGAGAGGAAAAAAAAAGGGGGUGGGGGAGGCCCCAAAGGGGGAGGCUGCUUGUGUAGGUUAUAUAUUGUUUGUGUGCGUCUCGGUGUCCCCUGUAUCUCCCCCCCCUCCCUGUGCUCACGGACGUGUUAGGUACAUGUACCAUGGCCUCCAUAAAUCUACGUGUUUGGUGCUUCUCCCUUGUAAGUCCGCAUUCUUUGCCUCCGCUGUAUGAAUUUCUUCAACUUUAUGUUGCCAUUGCGCGAUCGUGGGUGGUUGUGUGCUUUUCCAUAGCGUUGGGAUUAGGGCUUUAGCCGCAUUGAGUAGAUGUCUCAGAAUUGAUCUCUUAUAUUGGGCUACGGAUUGGUCCGUGAAGUGGAGUAGGGCGGCUUCUAUGCUGAGGUCUGGUAUGUCGCUCAGGAUCACGUUCAGUUCUUGUCGGAUUCGGUCCCAAUAUGGUUGUAUUUUAGAGCAGUCCAACCAUAUGUGUCGUACUGUUCCCGUGUGGGUCUCGCAUCUCCAGCAUGUGUCAGGGGUCCCUGGGAAUAUCCUGUGUAGCAACGCAGGUGUUCGGUACCAGUGGGAUAGCAGUUUAAAAUUGGCCUCCUGGUAUUUUGAGCUGAUCGAACUCUUAUGUUGCAGUAUGAGGUUCUGUUCCCAUUGUGCGUCACUGUAUGUCCUGCCCGUGAGGUCUUCCCAUUGACCCUUAAACACUAUAUUUCUGAUUCGGUCACCCAACAGUAUUCUCUGGUAUAUUAUGGAGACUCUCCCAUCCACUUCAGGUGUGUCGACGCACAGGCUUUCGAACCAUGUUGUAUUUCUAUGUACUGCAUGUCUGUUCGGGCUGUUUAAGUUGUUCAGUAUGAUCACAUUCUCUACUUGGUGGUUUAACUUGCUCGAUUGCCAUGAAUUUCAACUGUGAUAAAGAAUGUGAGCACAUGUCGAAAUGUCUUGUGGCUGAUGAUGUUUGGCAGUAAUGUCACAUUUUGUGUUCACCUAUGCGCACUGUCAAAUUCCAAGUUGUCUCCCCAACAUAUUCCACACUGCAAGAACAAUUCAGCAUGUACACAACAUAGAGAGUCUGAUAGUUCAUGAAAUCCCAUAUGGAGUACUUCUUCAGUUUUUGAAAGACAUACCAUAUCCACAUGUAUCACAUUGUUACAAUUAAUACGGUGUCCACAGUGGAACAUACUCUUCACUGUGGAGAGCAUUAUAGUAUUUUCCUUAGUCACAGGUGGUGAAGCUGCAUUGACCAGUUUGUCUCUCAGAUUUCUUGAUCUUUUGAAAGACACAAAGGAGGAUCCCUAAAUAGAUCACUCAAUUUUGGGUCUGAGUUUAGAACAUGCCAAUGUUUUUGUAUGAUAAGGUGAACUUGUUUGUGGUGGUAAAGGUAGUUACUAGAGUAUUCUGUUCAAGGUUGCACAUGUCCCUGGUGUUUCUAACUUUGCAUUUUCAAGUCUACCAAUCUUAGAGUAGCACUUCAAAAAUAAGGACCAAAAUGUUUAUGAAAUAGAGAUUAAGGCAAUAGCACUCUCAAAACUAUGGUUGCAAAUCUUACACGGCUAAUUCAAAUGUUAACAAAUAUUGUAAACAUUAGGGAUUAGGUCACCUAAUAUGGCCAUACUGUUUUAGGCCUUCCACUGCUUCAAAGUAGUACAUGUUUUAGACAAUGAAGACUUUUUUUCCCCUGAGACUUCAUAAACGAUAUAUUGAAGGAACAUCUACAAGUAGCUCUCAUCUAUUCAAAAGAUUUAGUUACUCACUGAACACAUAGUGAAGCAGUUCUCCACGUGUUCUGAGAAAAUAUAUAUUUUUUGCAACAUGCAUAACAAAUCCAGAUGAAUCCAGAUGAAAACAAAAUAAUUAUUUAGGGUACGUAAUCCAGGCUUUACAAUGGAUCUGCAGAAACGAACUGCCAUCUUGGAUUGACCAUUACACAUUGACCCACAAAGAUUCAAAGGAUUAAUCAAUUAUUAUUUGAAAUUUGUACUGGGAAUCUCCUCUGUUAUCUAAUCUAUUAAUGCCGUGACAAAAAAAAGGGAGCACUGAACUCGGUAGACAUUCUCUAAGAGAGUUUACUUUGAUCAUGGUUCUAAAACAUGCUGUCACUUAAAGCGAAUUUGUCACCAUCUUGGGUCUUUGCAAAUUAUCGUUACUAGGCAUUCGGUGGCUAUGCGACAAGCAAAGGUGAGUUUUACUUACCUGAAUCGGUCCCUUGCAGGCGCUGCCAUUGUCUUCCUGCCAUUCCUAUUCUGUUCCUGGCACUUCUGUUGCUAGGAGCCAACGUCACUGCUGUACUCUCGUGCAUGCAGAAGAGUACAGCAUUUAUGGAGACCAUGGAAUCCUCCAUAGAAGAGCUACCGCUCUUAAGCCAUGAUGGCUGGGUAAAAUUACAUGUCUUGACAGGGAUAGCUCUACUGAGACAAAGUAGGAACCACUUUGUCUCUGCAUAUCUUUUGAAUGGGUUGGAAUUUCAGUGGAAAACAGUCAAUAUGAUUGUUUCAUAUCUUUACAAAAUACUCAUUUUGCGGGCGGUGGGGGGUGACAGUUCCACUUUAACAAGUUUUGCCUCCAAGGUCAAUAUCAUUCACAUCCACACGUUGUUAUUUAAAAAAAAAAAAUAUCAGGGGCAGAAUUUCCACAACAGAGAACUCCUGGCCAUUAUUUGUCUCUUAAAGGAAUAGGCAUCUAAUGGAGGAUUCUUUGAAUCCAGAUUCUAUAUUUUCUGACAAAAACAAUCUUUCUUCUUGGUGUCACUCAAUGAGUUACAACAUGACAGUCAUGGCUGGGUUUAUUCUAAUCCCUAUUCAAUAUUGAUCUGAAACUAAGAGCACCGUGGAGCUGAUAUAAUUUCUAGGUAAACAGAAAACCUUUAAUCCAGUUUGCCUCCCUCUUUUAAUUUUUUCUUCCUGCUAGAACCAAAGUCACUAAGACACGUUCCUCAUUCACCUGCUAGUGCUAGUAGAAAAUCAUUAAUAUAAUACAUAUUAAUUAUAGAUAGUAAUAAAAAAUAUUAUUAUAGAUUUACAAAAACUCAUUCUGUCUUAUUAAAUAAAAUAAGCACAGUUAAUAUCAGCUCAAGUGCACACAACUUUAAUUUGUGUUAAUCUUAGUUUUACGUAUUGAAUACCUUAAUUGUAUUCCGCUAAUGGCAAAAUAAUAUGUCACGCCUGCCUAGUCAUCAGUUUUAAAGCCUGUGCAUCUUUUUCAUGUAUGGGGAUAGAUUUCAUUUAACUGUGGUCAGCAAGACAUAUCUAUAUUGAUUUACGUCCUGACCUUGUUUUCCUCUCCUGCUAGUGCUAAAAUUUCACUGGUUCAGCGAUUGAGUUAUAUUUUGACUUAAGCAAUUUUAGGUUACACCUGAUUAUAUUUCCAUAUGUAUUUCAGUAUGUUCACAGAUGAUUUAAUAUUGAAAUACAAAAUUACAAAUUUGAGAGUGCUAUCAUGGAUUUUAAAGAAGUUAGCAAAAAAUAUUGCAUCAGUCAAACAUAAAAUAGCACGACCAGCUUUUUAAAACAGAAAAAAGAGUUACUGUUAAUGAUAACACUUGUUAUCAUUAAAAUUUAGAAAGGCAAGUAAGUAAUAUAGGCAAUCUGGCUUAAAAGGUCUGAUUUUCUUAAAGAUCCUCAUCAUUCAAAUUUAAGGCCAAAUUAGCUGAAUCGAGAAAAUUCUCCAAGUCAAUUAUGCUUCCAAUUUGCUUCAAGUAGAAACAUUUCUACAUUGCUCCAAUAAAUCACCCCACUGGAUUGAACUUAACUUGAGUGCCUGGACCAUCAUUACUUUUUUGCAAAAGACAUUCAAUGUCCACUUCAAGAUCAUUUAUAAAUAGAUUAAAACAGGGGCGUAACUAGAAACCACAGAGUCCCGGUGCGAAAAUUGCCUUGGGGGUCCCCCUGCACGUCACCCCACCCCCCGCCACCCUCCUCCCAUACAUCUAUUGUCCCUCUCCCAUACGUUACCCCCUUCCCCCACACAUGCAAACAGAUACACAUGUAGUCACACAUGUAGACACACACAUACAGGCAUACACACACACAAACACACACACAGAGACACAUACAUACAGACAGACACAGACAGACAUACACACACACACACACACACAUACAGACAUACACACAGUCAGACAUACACACAUACACACAGACAGACACACACAUACAGACACACACAGACACACAUACAUACAUACUGACACACAGACAUACACACACUUACAGACACACACAUACAGACUGACACACAGUCAUACACACACACACACAGACAUUCACACACAUACAGACACACAGACAGACAUACACUCAGAUACAGACACAUAUACUUUCCCUGGGGUCCAGUAGUUUCUUAGGCUGAUGGGAGUCAGAGUUCCUGGGGCAGUCACUUCCUCCCAACCUCUGACAUCAGCUGGAAUUACAUAGCAUCAGGUGGCCCUAACAGCAUGGCCCUGGCAGUUAAACCGCGAGGGCCUGGGCCGCAUUACUCAGCUGGUGGUCACAGGGGUCCGUAGGGCGGCCGGACCUCCUGAAGUGACGGGCCCAGUUGCAGAUGCGGCCCCUGUGACUACGGUAGUUCCACCACUGGAUUAAAGGGAAGUGGACACAGGAUAGAUCCCUGAGGCAUUCCGCUUAAAAUUUGUGGGCACUCAAAAACAACCUUUUUUGUGUAAACCAGCUGAUUUUAGUUUUACUAGUAACCAUUUAUGUGGAACUCUAUCAAUUGCCUCAGCAAAAUCCAAGUAGACAACGUCUACUGGAACACCCUGAUCACUUUCACUCAUAACCUUUUUGGCAUAAGCGUAAUUAAAAAAAGUUUUGGGGUUGGUCCGUUGCUCUCUUAGGCUAUGAGCUUUUCAUUUUCUAAUGUAGCCCAGCUAAGUGCGAUUUUGCAAGCCCUAUUGGCAUGCUUAUGUUUGUUACAGGAUGCAAUCGACCCCUCUGACUUGCUUUUCCUAUAUUGCACUGAAAACUGUUAUUGAUUUCAAGGUUGGUGACUUGCAGACAGUAUUUUGGAACAAUACAUGUCUCUCCAAAUGACACGGUUUGUCAACACUCUCCUCAUGUAAGGACUGUCUCUGGAGAACUAAUUUUGGACAGGUCAAUUUUAAUACAGUAUUUCAUCAAAGCUGCUAAAUACAGUUCUAAGAUACAGCUUAUGUAGAAUCUAACAUGAACUAUGAAACAUUUUUGUUUCACUUACUAUGUAUAUUAUACUACUGCAUAUAAUGUCUGCCUCAUGUAUAUUCAAAUGUUCUUAACUUAUAUAUGUUGCAUAAAAAAUGACUUCUUAAAAACAACAUUUAAUGUGAUAUUGAUAAUAUUCCAACUAUUUUCUUUAAUAUGCCCUACUUCCAUCUCCCAUAUGUUACAAAAUAGGUUAGACUAGCAAGUAUUGCUAUUCUAGAUAUACAAACAAACAUAUUUGCAAGUUCCUUUAAUACUUAGCACUUGAAGUAUAUUCCAGGUAACAUACUUUUUUCUAUAAAGUGGUGCUUGCUGACUUCAGCCCUUAAUUUUAUUUUGUAGGUAUAUUCGUGGGGCAAUAUAUAUAUAUAUAUAUAUAUAUAUAUAUAUAUAUAUAUAUAUAUAUUUUUUUUUUUUUUUUUUGGUUGACAAGCAAAUUGUUGGACAAGAGCAUUUUUAAAUUUUUUAGAGUUAAUUAGAAUUUUUUUAAAAACUUUGUAAAUAAUAUAAACUUGAGUCUUUCUAAACAUUUGUUAGGAAUCUUUUUAACAUGCAUAUUUGGACUCUUUCAUUUUAUUUAAGAGAAAAACUGUUUCUGUAUUACACCAAUAACUGCGAAACAAUUGUAUGUCUAAUUGUAUGUCUUUGUAGAUCAUUAGGUAAUUUUAAAUGCCCCUGGAUUUAUGAUAAAUUUAAGAUAAGUGUUCUAGUGAACAUAUAGUCACUUUGGUCUAUUAUGUGUUUAAAAUAUAAGUACUACUGGGACAUAAUCUGUUUCUAGGUUUGUCCCCUUCCAACUAUCGACCCAUAUCCCUGAUCUCUUUUUCCUCAAAGCUUCAAGAAAAACUUGUCUUUACUCGUUUGGCUUGCUUCCUCAAUUCCAACUCUCCCCUCGACCCACUUUCAUCUGGCUUCCGCCCCCUCCACUCUACUGAGACUGCUCUGACUAAAGUCACAAAUGACCUAAUUGCAACUAAAUCCAAAGGCCACUACUCCAUACUAAUUCUUCUUGACCUCUUUGCCGCUUUUGACACUGUUGAUUAUGUCCUCCUUUUCCAAACUCUUCAUUCCCUCGGUCUCUGUGACACUGUCCUCUUGUGGUUCUCAUCCUAUCUCUCCCAACAUUUGUUCAGUAUCUCCUUUUCCAAAGUCACCUCCUCCCCUCAUCCUGUCUCGGUAGGAGUCCCUCAAGGACCUGUUCACGGUCCCCUUCUUUUCUGUCAUUAUACUGCCUCUCUGAAACUUAUUAAAUACUGUGGACUCUCCUACCACCUGUUUCUGAUGACACACAAAUACAGUAUCUCACAGCCAAUGGUUUAGAAAUUAAUGGCUGUGUGUUGAGGUAUUUUGAGGGGACAGCAAAUUUACACUGCUAUACAGGCUGUAAACUUACUACUUUACAUUGUAGCUGAGUGUAAUUUCUUCAGUGUUAUCACAUGAAAAGAUAUAAUAAAAUAUUUACAAAAAUGUGAUGGGUGUACUCAUUUUGUGAGAUACUGUAUAUCUCUCCUCCGCUGAUCUCUUUCACACUGUCCUACAACAUGUCACCACUUGUCUUUUUUAAUCCAUGCUUGGAUGAGCUGAAGUGGUUUGGGUGCCUAUAGUGUCCCUUUAAAGUAACCACCAGCACAUGCUCACAGAACAGGAAGUCAUAUCAUGGUAACUGCUUCCUGUACAUUAUGCACACACUGAACUGGUUAAAGAUGGAGUCUGUGACAUUCCAAAUGCCUUUCAUAUUCCUUGCUAAAACCUCUGUUUUGGAAUAGUUUUAAACCUUCUGUAUCUCUCCCUCCCGUUAAUGUGAAAUCCAGACCAUUCUAGACCUCAGGAUUUCAGGGAUAAACUCCAAUUCCUGGGUUAUAUCACGGAAAAAUGGAGGGCACAAAAGAAAAUUAAUUGCUCUAUGUUUGCAUUUAAAAAAAAAUAAUAAUUUCAAACAAAUAAUAAUAUGUAAAAACCAACGUGCCAGGGAUUACUAAACAAUGCUAUAUAGCAUAAUGCAGCAAAUAGUUGAUACAAAUACAUUCACUAUAUGUUGCAUGUAAAUAAAAUAAUACUAUGAGAUGUAAUCAAAGAAAAACAUUGAAAUAGACACUGUAUGAUGGAAUAACUACAAGCUAAACAUGGCCAUGAGUCACAUGGCAGAUCGCUAAACAAACAAUUCUCCAAUUGAUACAAGGGAAGUAUAGAUUCAAAAAAAUAAAAUAUGUUACCAGUCCUCUGGGGAUUACAGUUGAACUAUCAAAGUUGUAACAAUAUGCAUUGUAGAAUGUUGCUCCUGCAACUAAAUGUAUGCAAAGCAUACAGUUUAGCAGCGCCAAGGUAUGUAAACAGAUCCACGUUCCUGGGUUGAUGUGAAUGACAUCAUGUCUACAGACAAGUUUAAUCAAGACAAAUGACAAGUGUCAAUCAGUAUAUAUCCUUCAGUGCAUUCCAUGCUCUUUGUCCUGUGGGGUUCCUGCCUGGUCCAAAUAGCAUAUUAUGGUGUGUUUAAUUUUAUUAUGACCCAGCUUUCCAUUUGAUUAUUCUGACCUCUGCCAUCAUUGUCCUGGCUUUGUUUCCUCUCUUAUAAAAUCUCUGGUUCCAUCUGACUUUGUCUUUUUUAUGGUUAAUCUUCUCUAUCUCUUGUACAUUAAGCAUACCCACUUGUAAGUACUUGAAAUACCUUCAUACCUUCCUGUCUUUUCAAUGGUUGUUUGAUAGCAUAAUACACUAAGCACCUCAACCUGAUAGGACGGCAUCUAACAUUAUAGUUAUAGCGCUAACCACCCAAAAAUUCACGUGCAGCCAGACCUUCACAUCCUAUUGCGGAAGAUACACUCUUCCACAAUUGCUGAGAAGGUCCAAUCAUCCACCUAUACUUGGAAAAAAUUCAUCCGAUAAUAAAGACGUUCUCUCUUCUAACCUGGUACAUUCCUACUGCACCACACCAAAGCCUGCACCUCAGCUUGUAAAAAAGUAUUUGACAAUCAGAAUCCUUAACAAGGCCAAGCUCUGAUACCAAUGUACUUGAAGCAAAACAUCCUUUUAUCUUGUGGGUCCAACGUGUGGAGUAGCUCCACUCCAUGGACGAACUUAAACUUAGUGUUAAUCGACACACUCAAACUUACCCUGACAUUUGGACCAACUGGCUUCUCUCCACAGGGGAUAUUCCAGCCUUUUUACAAUUAGGUGCUAAAACCUUAAAAAAACCAUGUCAAUUCCAGAUAUCCUCAUUCAUACCCCCCCCCCCCCCCCCCCCACCGCUCCUGUGCACUUCUAGACUUAUACUAAAUAUGAGAAGCUUGAGGUUUUACUGUUCUUGUUUUCCACAGAAUAUAGUGACCGCUCUAACCAACCAAAUAUUCAAGUGUGACCGGACCUUCACAACCUUUUGCACACUUGACUUUUAUAUACCCAUAAGUCUAAAGUCUAAAGUUAAAUUAUUGACUCAUUUGAACCCUCUUUACCUUUUUAUUGGUCAUUUAAAGUUGUUACAUCAAAUGUGUGACUUGUCUAUACUAAAUAUGAGAAAGAAUUAUGCAAAUAAUUAAUUUUAAAAUAUACAUUUUCAUGUCUAUUGCAUUGUUUAAUGGAUUUCAAAUUAGAUUAAUUUCAAAUGGAAUGUGUUAAAUAUGUCUGCUUAUAGCCUCUUAAAAUAUAAAUCAACCUGUAAAAGAAAUACGUUUGUACUUGUUUGCAAGACUUUUCAGGUUUCAUUUUCCCAUAGAAUCUUCAUGCAUCCCUAACCUUGGAUUGUGUUUAUUUUUCUUUCAGCUCCACAAUAAAAUUCACGUCAAUCUAAUGUAAGUAUAAAAGAAAUGUUUUCAAAUAAAAGAUAUGCAUUUAUACUUCUCCAUAAAUACUAAAAGUACCCCAAUUCUGUAAUUUAUGUAUUUAUGUAUUGUAUAUUUUGAUUGGGCUCCUCUUUUAUCACUGUAUGACAUUUCUUUUUCAUUUCUAAUACAAUGUUCUUAUCAAAAGAGCUUUACAAAAUAUUCAUAGAUAGGGGAUAUACACAUAGUUAUAGUGGCACAAAAGUAGUAGAUGUUUGCUUUUUACUUGUGUGUAAAUACAUUCAUUGAUGUGGGUACAAUAUUUUAUUAAAGGAAUGCUCCAAUCACCAUAAACACUCAUGGAUUCUGCGGUAGGUAUAAUUCCAGGAGUGCUCCGAUGUCCCUCAUCCCCAUAAUAAGUAGUUACACAGUUUUCUAAUGGUUAGACGUCUUACCUAUGAUUGUCUGAGAGCUGGCCCCUGCCUCUCUGCAGAGCUGGAAGCUCUGGGCUUAGCUCAGUCAAGAGAGUUUCUGGCUGCAGAGAGGCAAGGAGAUGUGACUGGCAGAACUCAACUGUAUGACUACUUACAUUGGGGGAUGCCAGGGCAACCCUGACAGGAGAAAAACUACUGCAUGCUAUAGUGGUUUUGGUGCUUGGUGUGUGCCUUUAAUUUGCAGUUCCCCUGUCAAUACUCCCCACAGAACUGCACUGAAUUUAAAUCUGAGUUGCAAAAUGUAGGCUAAAAUGACCAUGCUUAGUUUAGUUGAAGAAAUGUUUUUAAAUCAACUAUUUUGCCCUAAAUUUUUCAAAUCAUUAUUUAGUGAAUAAAUCCCUUUGUACUGAGUGGUUAUACAAUAAUAAUUAGCCAUAUCUUAACACCAACGAAGUCAAUUAAGAUGUAAUAAACUAAUUUGGAACAUAAUAAUAAGACAUGUUUCUAUUUUUAUUUCAGAAUGAAGAUCAUUGUUUGCAUUUCCUGAUACCUUGAAAUAAAGAAAUAUAUUCGGUUAAAUAAGUAUUCAUUUAACAACCAUCUCAGUGUCUUGUGGUAAUCUAUAAUUUGUUGUGUCAAAAACCAGAAAUUCACAUUUUCUAAUGACAGCUGGAUAUAAAUGCCAUUGUUAAUGUACUGUCACUUCCAUAUGCACAGUGAACAUUCUCAUAAAGCCCAUCAUCAAAAGCUCUAUGUGUCUGGCAUAAGGACGGAAUUCCUCUAUGGACUCAAAAGGUCAGAAUGUAUAAGGGAAUGUAUAAGGGAAGCACUACUACUCAAAUCAUUUCUUCACUGGAGGUCAAGAAGUACAAGAAAGCAGAAAUUUGUGCACUAUGGGUACAGAUCUCUGUUGCAUGAGUACUUCAUUUUUUUUUGGAGUGGGGUGAAGGGAUGGCAGUUGGAAAAAAACUAAUAGGAAAGAGAGGUAAAAUUACAAGAAGGCAGAAGAGGUAUGGAAAGGGAAGAACAUGUUAUGGGGAGAAAGUGCGUGUGGGUGGCUGGAUGUCAAUCUAAGGGCCACACAUAAAGAUAUAGUUUGAUCAGAACACCUUGGUAAGCAUUUAAAAUCAUCUCAGCGUGUUUGUAUUAGUACACACUUUAAAUAUACAGUAUAAUAAUACUGUAUGCAAAAAUUAGUUAGAUUCUCAAAUGACAAUUUAUUUCAGCAAAGAAAACUUCCAAUAAUUUGUAAAAAGAAACUAUUUAUAUAAUUAUUAAACAAUAUGUUGUGUUAAUUUAACCCAAGCAACACUAUCAUUUCUAUCACUUGUAGUUUCUUGUUUAUGUCAGAAAUUGUGAUGAUCAGAUGCACCAGUAGUGUUACACAGUAAUCUACUUCCAUCUGGUCAUAGUCACAAAACAUGAUAUAAACAACUCAUGUAUUUCAAUAUGCUGUCUAAUAAAGAGUAUGAUUGGCACUAAACAAAUAAUUUUUGUGAGUUGAUAUCUUUUUAUUUCACAUAACAAAAUAUAUUCCAUAGCAAACUUUAAACAUUCGGAAUUAUUUUAAGGUACUCUUGGCAGCAGGAUUUGUGCACAACAUAAGAUGCUCCAAAUUGUACUUUUACGUUUUUUGCUUAUAUUUGAUUGUAAACAAAUACAGAUUAAGAUAAGCCAAACAAUAAAAUGUGCUGUGUCUUUAAGACCUUAGUGAUUACUUUAAAUACAUAAACCAUAAAACUGUACAUAUAAUGGUGUAAUAUAACCUUUCAACAAAUCACUAAAGUGCACUGUGCCAAAACACACUAUUAAGUGUAUUCUGUGCAAAUUCAAAAGUGCUGACACAAAAGGAGCUUAAAACAAUCUUAAUACUCUACUUGCAAAAGGCCAUACCAAUGUCCCAAGAGAUAUCUCAAAAUAAAGGAGACAAAAAAAGAACACCACAUAGGGCAAUAUGUUUGUAAAAUUAUAAUUGUGGGGAGCUAGGCCCAAGAUGGCAGCACAGCGGGAGCCUUGCACCUCCGAAUAAUCAGAAUAGGAACUCCUAGAUGCCCCAGACACCAUCUCAGAAACAGGGGGCCUUAAUACCCUUUGGACUACAGAAGACCUCAACACCCUGGUAACCAAGGGGGAUAUACUGGAGCUGAUGAAGAACAUGAGAGCAUUCUUCAACUCUGACCUAAAUGUGGUAAGGGAAGAGCUAACUGACAAGAUUCAAGUGCUGAGGAAGAUAACAGCUCAAUGGCCCAGAAGCAGCUAAGUACCACAGACAACCUAGCCCAUCUACAGGCCUCACAGCAAAAAAUGGCUAACCGCCUAGAUGCCCUAAAUGAUUACAGCAGAUGCAAAAAUUGUGGAGGAUGAAGAACUACCACAGUUCGUUAGAAGAUUGCUGGCAACUAUCCUGCCCCAACGACAAGUCAAAUCACUGCUAAUUGAACGCUGUCACUGACUGUCUACCUCAACUAAAGUGCCAGCAGGUGUGCGAUGGAGACACUGCAAACGCAGUCACCCCUACAAUUCGAGACCUCAUGCGUCACAGCUACAGGAGCAAUGCCGGUCGACACUGGAAUGGCACCGAGUCUACAUGCCUAUCACAAAGCUACUCAGGGCAGCUAACAUCCUGUAUCGCUGGCUGACAGCUUACUCGCUAUCGGCCACUAAAGAAGGCAACACUUACAGGCAAUUCAUGUUCAUCUCCAGCCCCAACAUUGAGACGACCACAACCUGGAACAUUUCAGCAACUACCCCUUUUGUUCCACGCUCUGACACCGACACAGGAUGAACUGUCUUGCAUAUUGGGCAUAUCUUGCCAGCAAUAAGGUUCAUUAAGUAGAGUUUUGUUACCUUUACUUUUAAGAGCCCACUAUGAUUUCUUAAGUUGCAACCCUCCUAAAGUAAUGCCAGCACCCAACUAAUCUAAACACAUCCAGCUAAGGUAGAAACCACCUGCACCCACCUCCACCCCCCUGUUAGCUUAGGGAAACAGAGCUCUAAUACCUUUGGUACCCUGACAGGGGCGUACCUAGAGCAUUUGGCACCCGGGGCGGAUCCU